GUCGACUGAACUGCCUUCCGAAGUGAGCAGAAGUGAACAUUGCAAGCAUUUGCAAAUAAUUUUGCUAGUUUUUUGAGAUGAACUCUGUGAUUGUUGACUCCUAGUGGUUUUAACACAUCCUUUUAACAUGAGAGAUACUAGCUAGCAAAAUAGAAACAUGCCUUCUGGAGACACCAGGAAGGAUUUCUUGGUUGCUACCACCGGUAAUUAUUUUGGAAUUCAGAGUUCUGAUAGCGUGUUGGAUGAUGUUCGUUCCUCGAAAGAGCUCAACAUUUUCCUAGACGAUGGCAAUUCGCCUGUCUUAGCUGCGAAAUACGACACACACCAAGGACACAAAAGCAUCAAACUAUCGAACAAUGUGGAACCAAGCGACACAGCGGAGAAAGUUUUGGUCUUCUUCAAACUGCAACCCAAAGCGAUUACACCUGACAACAUUCAUCAAAAUGUCUUCGUUUCCUCGAUGCUCUCUUCCCCCGUGAAUACACUGUAUCAUUCUGUUCAGAAGGUAUUUGCUCCUUUGUUGUUAAAGGAUGAGAAAUGGAGCCGAAAUUUUGAUCCGAAAUUACAAAGUCUGCUAAGUGAGCUUGAGGCCGGUUUGGGAAGUGUAGUCCGAAAACAAGACAGCUCCUUGUCGCGAGCCGCUAAGCUAGGUGAUGAAGACAAUGUUGGCGGGAUUUUGACCCCGCAAGAUGAGUUUCAGUAUUGGUCAGAUGCGUCUGUAUCAGGGUAUGAUUUAUCUGAAAGGGAAAGAGCAUCAUUUUUUCAAGAGAGUUUUCAGAAAGGUAAGACUCUAGGACAUAAAUUUUAAUACAAACCAGUAUGCUGGUUUAUAUUGUCGUCCAUGGCAACUAGAAACCUAUAGAUUUUAUACUACCCGGCGUGUUCAAUCGAUAAAAUCGCUAAUCGAUAGUAUCCGAUUAAAAUCGAUACAAUCGAUUGGUUGUAUGGGAAAUCAAUAAAAAUCGAUACAAGGAUUUCAUGUGAAUAAUCGAUUAUUGAUUUUUCAAUUAUCUUUACCGAUUCCAUCAUAACUACUGUAAAAUUCCGAAAAUAAGCCCUGGGGCUUAUAGUUUUCAAAGGUCCUUUUCUGAGGGGCUUAUUUUUGGAGUGGCUUGUAUUCGGAGGGGCUUAUCUAUGGAGGGAAAUUUGCCUUUCAAAAUCGAUUGGGCUAGCCUUACAGUUGGAAGUAAAUUUACCGUUUUUGCUUUUUUUACUUUGUAGUUGAGGGCAAUUUUCCAAGUAGAAUACAAGUACAAUACAAGUCCAAUACAAGUCCAAUAUUUGGAGGGGUGAUUUAACGGAGGGUUUUUUGCGUUACCAGUUUGCAGGGCUUAUAUUUGGAGGGGCUUAUUCAUGGAGGGGCUUAUUUUUGGAAUUUUACGGUAUAACAAAAUUCUCAAAUCUGAUUGGCUAUCAACUAUCCUGAUUUCAGCGCUAAUAGGACAGUGUAAAAGGACAGUAUGCAUCAUGCCUAAGUAAUAAUUGGUCAGUAUGUGCCAUUGCAUGCAUGCCAACAAAAAACUCUUGGAAUUUCUUGUGUUUUAAUUAAUUUAAAAGCCUAAAAUAUCACAAAGUUUGUUAUACUUGUGAUAAAUUGGUAACAGAACUUUGUGUUGUCCAAUUUGGUCUGUAAUCAUACAAGUGAUCAGCAAAAUCGGACAACCGUGUCGUAUGAUUACAGACCGAAUUGGACUCAACUCAGUCCUAUUACCAAUAAAAUAAUAUUGGUUAAAUAUUAUAAAGCUAAUCAGCUCACAUAGCAUCAAAAAGAAAACCAACAAAAGAUUUAAAUAGGAUGUAAAAACAACUCAGAACUGAACAACUUCCUUCAAAGGUUUGUCUACAAAAAUUGCUGAAUCUUUUUUUGUAUACUAUAUUUGUAUAAAAAAUUUUCAAUAAUGAUAAAUCAAUGUAGAGAUUAACUUAGUUAUUUUGGCUUCUCUUGCGCCUUUGAAAUCUAUUUAGGAACAAUCAAACCUUGCAGUAUUGGGUUGUAGACACAGCGUUACUUUGUGUCAAUCGAUUCUAUAACUAUUGAUAAAUGCAAUAAAAUUGAUAAACUAAGACUUCACGUGAGUAUCGAUUUCUAUCAAUAAUUGAUUUAAAACGUCGACAUAGAUUGAUAGUUGAUAAUUUAUCGAUUGAACACGCCAGUAUACUAAGAUGGUUAAAUUGAAAGGGUAAUUUUUCAUUGUUUUAAGUGGGUAAAUAAUUUCCCUAAUAUUGUCAUUAAUUUGUUUUGAGAGAAAUGUUUUUGUGAUCACUGGUAAAUGAUAAUGAUAUUGAAACAAAGGAAAAGGUAAUUAAACAAAAAAAUAACAAAAAAUGGGGCUGUGAAAAAAAGUAGAAAACUUUAAUACAUAAUUGAGGCAUCAUCUGCCAUUUUGUGGUACAUGGGUAAUGUUAUGUGCCUUUUGUUCAAAGUGAAAUCAAUACCUUUCCAAUUCUCAUUAGGUAUUUAGAAAAUAAUGCAGAGACCUGAUAAACCUUUCUUUGCAGGGAAUGUAUCUCAAGAUUUUUCUAACCUUGAUGGCCUGGACCUUGAUGACACGUUGGAACUUCUGGAGUCCACUCAAGAUUCUCUUGAUGAGAUCUGGAAACAGGAAGAUCACAAGCCUUAUUCUGAGGCACGCAUGAAGCAUCUUCUGGAUGUCAUGGCUGGUGCUCUUGGCCGCUACGUCCAACGGAAGCUUGCAGCACUAGACAUUUGGCAUGACUCAUUUCAACAGGUUAGUCCUAAAAGUUUGCAGGAUGUUUGUCACAUGAACCUAGUUUAUUGACCUUAUCUCUCAUGUGUCUCCUGUAGCUCAAGUGGUAGAGCAUCUCAUGGUUUGUUCAAUCUUGAAAAGGCCUUGAAUUUAAGUAGUCGUAUUGAAAAGUCCUUCAGUUUGGUUAAGGUCCUUGAAAAGCAGUUGAUUUCUUUACUAGCUCUUAAAAAGUCCUUGAAAUUCACAACCUUUUCUCUGCCAGACAGCAUUUUCUUUAAAAUUACAUUAUUUUGCUGAGGAAAAUUUUGCUCAUCCUUGGUGUAAGAUCCUAUAAAACUCACGGGCAACAUAAAAACAUUUUUGUGCAUGAACAUUAUUUUAUGUCUGUUUCUUUAUUUAAAGUGCCUUUUUUGUACCUCAGAUGCAAUUGUUAGUCAUACCCAGUCUUGUUGUGGAAAGUAGUAUUAUUAUUAAAUAAUUUGAUCAACAAUGGCUGAAGAAGUUAAAAUCUUUAAUAAAUGACUCUGUGACAUGUUUUAGCUAACAGGGUGAUCAAUGGGGGUUAAAGAAUGCAGAUUUAUUAAAUAAAUCUUAGUCCUUGAAAACUGUAAUUUGUCAUUGAAAAAUCCUUGAAAAGUCCUUGAAAUUUGUUUGUCUGAAUUUGUACAAACCAUGAGUCUGGACAAGUAACCAGAGAGUCAUGUGUUCGACUCCUUUUAGGAGCACUCUGAUUUUUUCUUUUGUGCCGUUGUGUCACUGACUGAAAAAUAAUCUUUCUCAGGUUAAAGAUGCCAUGCGUAAGGGUAUUACUGUGUGUGAAAGAUGGGUGUCUACUUGCGAGACACUCACUUCACAGUAUUGGAAACGGUUCCCUUCACACCCAUGGAGGGGUGAAAAAUUUACUCCAGAAAAUUUGUCACAAUUAGCUACGAGACUGGAAGAGGUAAUACAUCUUUAGUAUCUUAAGUUGAAAACAGUUUCUUCAAGUAAUGUUAUUUAUAGAGUGUAUGAUAUAAAUAUAAUCUUUAUGUGUAAUGGCAUGAUACAUGUCCCCUAUGUGGAUGUCAAGAAUAACGAGUAUAAAGCCAUUCUGAAAAUAGUGGUGAAUGUCUUGAACUCACUGCAAGUUCUUGCCCAGCAGGUCCAUUGGGCGAAGUGUUCUCACAACUGAGAAAUAUAGUACAUGUAUUUUUUUAAGGAAAAACGUUAUGAAAACUAAUUAACUUAACUUUAUUAUUCCAUCGCUCAUAUAGUACAAACUCAGUAAAGCUAAAGCCGGGGGCUUAUACGGCCUGUGGUCAGAAUGACAGAAACUAUUUUAUAUAGAAAUGAAGACUGUAGGCUAAACUACAAAACUAAAAACAAGAUACAAAACUGUAAUUAAAUAAGUUUACAUGCAUGCAGUCCUAUAACAGAGACAGAACUAGUGACAAAUAAACUAACAAUAAACUAUGAGAAUCCUGCGCUAGUUCAAUUCAGGCUUAAAAAGUGAAGUUUUAGUUUCUUUUUAAAGUUAGUAGUGGUAAGGCUGUCACGGACAGUAUCAAAAUUAAUGUCUUCUUGAGGUCUAAGAAAAUUCCAACAGUGCCUUCAUAUAUAUUGUUUACAAAUUCAAGGAUAGUCAUGGUUGUAGAAUGAUGUGGUCUGAAGCCAUAUUGAUGGUGACUAAGAAUGUCAAAUUAAGUAAUAAAAGUAAUAAAAAAGUAAUAAAAGUAAUAAAAAAUAAUAAUAUAAUAAAAAAUGAACAAAUAAAAGUGAUAAAGUAAAAAGUAUAGUGUAGCAAAAUUAAAUAAAACAGAAUUUAUAUUGUUCAGGUACUGACUUUGAGGACAGUACAUGAGCAACUAGUCCGUCUGCUGUCAACGACAGAGAGACAACUACUGCGGAUGUCAGAAGCAUUUUCUCCUUUCUCUGGCCUCAAUGCACUGCAUCAUAACCCAUAUACUGAGCCUUUGUGGAGAGCAGCUGUAACGCAAUAUGAGAGAGGAAUGGCUCCUGCCGAGCAGAAGAUAGCAGGCAAACUGAGGCAGCAGCUCAGUGACUUGUCUGCCAAGUCACAUCAGGUACAUGUGAAAUUUUACUACUGAUAGUCAAAUUUUAACCUGUAUUAGACAGUCGCCCUUGGGGUAUGGCCGACUGACUGCUAAAUACAUGUCUAUGGUUUAAUACGAGUUUGACAAACCUACAUGUAAAAGUUAUUAUGAAAUUAAAGGUGAUAAAAAAGUUGAAAAUCCAUCACACGCCAAAUUCACCUCAAAGUGUUUCUAGUCCUCUUCUUGUGCCAAAACAGAGGAAUUAGAGAUCACUGAAAGCCAAGAACAGUUUAUCUAUUGUUCAUUUAUCUGACAAAUUGUCCUAUGUUUGUAAUGUUUGACUUUUUUAGAAACUUUAAGUAGCUGGCUGAUUUAACUCCAGUUCUAGUAGCCUGCUAAAAAAGCCGGCUACUAAUGACAGCCCUGCUCAAUACUGGUUUGACUGUAAAACAGUGGCAGGUGUAGCUGUAUUUUUUGUUUCAAAGUUCAUAUUUAGCCUUGGUUUAAAUUAUUUGUUUUCCGUCUGCUUUGGGUGUAGUAAUGACAUUUCUGUGUGAUAAAGGGUUUGAAAGAAAGGGAAAUAAAAUUUGAACCAGUGACCAGUGUAAGAACAAUUGGACAAACAUUAUUAUGUUACAUUAUUAUGUUACAUUGUUCUCUGGUUGUUUUUGUUUGGAUAGCACUACCACCAGACACAGCAAAUCACUAAUCCACUUGAUAAGUAUUAGGGACACCAUUGCAUUAUCCACUGGAUAAGGGAUGGGCACCUAUAUGUCGGCAGGACCCAUGUAUUGUAGGUCUCUUAUCAUCAUCAUCAUCAUCAUCAUCAUCAUCAUCAUCAUCAUCAUCAUCAUCAUCAUCAUCAUCAUCAUCAUCAUCAUCAUCAUCAUCAUCAUCAUCGUCAUCGUCAUCAUCAUCAUCAUCAUCAUUAUCAUCAUCAGCGUCAUCAUCAUCAUCAUCAUCAUCAUCGUCAGCGUCAUCAUCAUCAUCAUCAUCAUCAUCAUCAUCAUCAUCAUCAUCAUCAUCAUCAUCAUCAUCAUCAUCAUCAUCAUCGUCACUAGAUGACUGUUUCGCUGUACACUUAGGCCUUUAGUAAAAGAUUAUUUUGCUGCAUCAAUUUUUGUACACUGGUAGGAAGGCAUCCACUGAACUGUUAUAAAGUAGUCAAUGCUUUUUGGCCCAGACCGGGUCUUGAACACAUUGGUUAAACAUUAGUGAUUCCAUGGUUUGAUGAUUUUACACUGCUUCUACUAGCAAGAGAAAAACAAUUUUUUUAUCACUCCCAGAUACAUAAAAUAAUUAUUAUUAAUAGUACAUGUUAAGUUUAGUACAUGUUCAUUACAUCUGUCCUGAUCAUCACCUAUUAUGACAUAAUUUAUUUUUUAUUGUUUUAUGUUAGCUUGGUAAUUUUUUUCUUUUUACCUAAUAUAUAUAUUUAUGUGCAUAAUAAUUAAUUAUUAUUUUUGUGUUACCUUAGCUUUUGAGGGAAUUUCAGAGGUAUAAGGAGCUUGUCAAAAGGCCAAGUAUUAGCAAGGAACUGUCUCCAGAGAGGUAUUAAGCUUAAAAUAGAACUUUCUGAAUUUUUUCUUUUGUCUGUUGCUGUCACAGCUUCAACCCAUCUUUGUGUCAUUUGUCGCCAUUCCUCAGGGCUGUCUAAAAGCUUUUAAGUAGCAGGCCAGUAGUGAAUAGUAAGCGGAACUCACACCAAAGGCACAAGUUCUUGAGGGCGGAGGCAUCUAGGGACAUUUUGAAAUUAAGAGUCUCCAGGGGUUUUUGAGAGGUGUUUGUUGUUUCGUCAGAAUACAUGCAAGACUGGGAACAAUGCUGUCAAAAUGUCCCAGAUGUUUCGCGACAUCACACGGUUCAAACGUUUCACAGAUCUAAACCUGUUUACUUGUGAAUAUGGGUUCAAUGUCAUUCAUAAAAACUGGGGAACGGAUGCUUAACAAUUUUAUUUGACAGUGUUUAUAAAUUUUUUGUUAGCUGAGUUAUGGUUGAAGGAGAUGAAAGUAGCUGGCUGAGGAUGACUAACCAGCCGGCAGUUUUGGCUGGCUACGAGCCCUAAUUGACAGCCCUGUGUAUGCUGUCCUAUGUGGCUGUUUCAAGGCCAUGUCGCUUGUCCAAAUUUUACCCUAAUAGGGCCUAUUAACUGUCUUCAAUUGUUUUCCUGAUUUUCCUUUCUUUUUCAGAGAGACUUUGCUUGGUCAGUUGACUGUUUAUAUCAAAGGAAUCCGAGAUGACUUUAUCACCAAAACGCAGAAUUCCUACUCAGGAAAUAAAGAUGGUAGUGGUCCGCCAAAGGGACGAAACAUGCCUGAGAUUGUUAAUAACAUUGUGUGGGUCAGACAGCUAGAUUCAAAGGUAUGGUUUCAAACCAUUACGGUCAACAUUAUUUUCCUUACAUUUACUAUGACAUGUAUUUUUCUUCUCCCUGGUAUUGCAGUGUUACACAAUGUUUCAUGUGCGUUUUAUGCCAUAUGUCAUAAUUGCAGGAUCUAAUUUUCAUGAAUUUUGUAGACUUUUCAAUCAUAAUAAAGAUCUUUAAAAAUUUGAUCUUUUAAAUAAACCUCUGUGAAAAUCAGGUGCCUUUAUAAUUAUUUAGUCCUUUAAAAACACUAAGUCUGUUGCAUAAAAUGGAAAUUUAUAAAAUUUGUUCUUUGAUUUAAAUACCUCUUGGACAAAUAACAUUAUUUCACUUGAACCUCUGACAAUUCUCAUGGCAUGCAGUAUAGUGUCAUUAAUACUAAGACUUGCAUCUGUGAUGUCAUUCAUGGUUAGGAAUUAAUUAUUUUCACCUAGUAUUUAAUACCUCGUUUUAAGUGCAAUAACAGUAAUUUUGUUUCAGGUAAAAGAGACUCUGAAUACUGCAGAAAGCCUGCUAGGAGAUUUGUCAGGCUUUAAGGGCUUUAAGAGGGAAGCAUCUGAUCUGGCUGAAGAACUGCAGUCUUACUGUAAAGAUCAGUUCGAGAGCUGGGUCAGCGAAAUGAUGACAGCGAUAGAUGAUCCUAAACAGCCUCUCAGGUACAGUUUGGGAUGUCAUUGCUGUAGUAUUAUGUAUGUAGGGUUACAGUAUUUAAGGGUUACCUUAAUUUUAAGGGUGGAGGCCUACAAUACAUAUGUAUAUACAGCUGUUUUGAGAAAGGUUGUCAGACGAAAUGCGCACGCGACAAUCCCGAAAGGUAAUAUGGGAUAUGAUCAAUACACUGUUCGAAAGGACUGAAGCUGUCGAACCUACUUUUGUUGCUUUCCUUUAGUACUCGCAAACAUAUGUCAGUGGCCUCCCGUACCAUUCUUUCAAAUUUCUUUGAAGAACAGUGCCCACAAAGCCACCCACAAUACCUUUCGGGAUUGUCACGUGUACUUUUUCCGACAACGUUUCUCGAAAUAGCUGUAUAUACAUAAUUAUAUACAUAUGUGUGUCAGUGAUAAACCACUUGCUUGUCAAAAACAAAAUGAUAUUAUUCUAAUGUUUUUUCCACAAACUAAGAGGGAAGAGCAACUAGUGAUUUUGGCAAGAUGACUCAAAUCAUUGACAGUCUCAUCCAGUACCACCCCAGCAGGGGUAUUUUGCGGAAUGCUGAACAGCCACUUUCCUCUUUACUUCAUACAUGCCAACCCUCCCGGAUACGACACGAAUCUCCCGGUCUCCCGUAUGGGUCGCCUUAUCUCCUGGAUAAAAUCAUCUCUUUUGCGUUUUUCUGUGCCUUAGUUUGAAAUUUAGCCCAUUUUUAGCUCAAAACUUGAAUUUUUCUUAUCCGUAACUGUAGUACGGUUUCUGAGGCAUUUUACACCUAUUUAGUCACUGACAAAGAUUAUUUCUGGCAUCAAAACGAUGAUCGUGAAUUUGGAUAGUAUCUACUUCAUGUAGGACUUGAUAUAAUGUCCUAAAUUUCCGGGGUUGGGGGCUAGUGAAAAACAGAGAGUCUCCUGAUUUUAAAUCUCUAGAGGUUGGCAUCUCUGUUACUUGUGUAUGACUCUAAAGUUUAGUUGUGAGGAUAAAACUAAGGAAUGAUAUUUCAGUUCAGGUCACCAUACACAUGACCCGAAAUAUUUUUGGGCCAAUGGUAGUAGUUGUCAUUGUUAUUAUUUUUAGUUCUUCUUUGAUUUUUGUAUCCUGACUUACAGUAUCAUUACUGAGGGCUGUCACUAUAAGAUUUCAAGUUGCUGGAUAUAGAUUGUAGUAUGCAAUAAAUAGGUGGGCAGUUGAACAAUUAGAAAGUUGUUUUAGUUCUAUUUUCUUUUCUUUUCUUUUUUUUUGUGAAAGUAGCCCUGAGUAAUGCUCAUUUUAGGUGGGGUAAAGCCCUGCUCCCCUGGCCCUUUUUGACAGCCAUAAUUGUUACUGAAAACUACCGUGUUACACGAAAUUUUCAUGACAUGUUAAUUUGGUGAUUUGAUGGUUUGCAUAUUUUGCGACACUUAAAUUUUGCAAAUAUUUUGCAAAAAUUUUGGAGUGAGGGUUACUUUAAUUUUUUGUUUUUGAGUUAGUCACAGUUAAUUUAGCUUUUUAUUUAAUCAAAACAAAAAUGACCUCAUACAUGGAUGUAUUUGUUAUGGCAUUGAAGCCAAAAAAGUGGUGCCAGAGGAACAGCAUUACAAGGUCAGUGAAUGGACGAUUUGAGGGCUAUUCAAAAGACGUGCUAGAGGCAGAAAGCAGUUAUAGAUAGUGAUGAGGAGGACCAAGUCAUUGCCUGGGAUUAUUUGAAUACAUGUAUAUGAGUUUGUAAACACUUUUAUCAGUUGACGGUAAUAUUAUUUUCCUUUAUCAUUGAGACAAUGGGAGUGAAUUGAUUUUUGUGUCUUGUCAUGUUUGCGACACUUAUUGUGUGCAUCACUAAAAUUUCUCAAUUCAAUUGAGAAAUUAAAGUGAUGCAAAAAAUAAGCGUCAAAAUAAUUGCAAAAUUCAGUAAAGUGUUCCGAAAAUUUCAUGUACUGUAAUAAGGUAUCUUAUCAGGCUAAUACAACUCAUAAACUGGGAAAUUAACUAACAAGAGACAGAAAGCAGUUAUAGAUAGUGAUGAGGAGGACCAAGUCAUUGCCUGGGAUUAUUUGAAUACAUGUAUAUGAGUUUGUAAACACUUUUAUCAGUUGACAGUAAUAUUAUUUUCCUUUAUCAUUGAGACAAUGGGAGUGAAUUGAUUUUUGUGUCUUGUCAUGUUUGCGACACUUAUUGUGUGCAUCACUUAAAUUUCUCAAUUCAAUUGAGAAAUUAAAGUGAUGCAAAAAAUAAGCGUCAAAAUAAUUGCAAAAUUCAGUAAAGUGUUCCGAAAAUUUCAUGUACUGUUAUAAGGUAUCUUAUCAGGCUAAUACAACUCAUAAACUGGGAAAUUAACUAACAAUGAUCCUAUGAUCAUUGCUUUGAAGCUUGCAGACCAGUGGUCGUCUGAUGGAUCUGGAUCACAGGGAUGGUAAAUUAAGAGUGCACUAUGGAGACAGACUUGUGACGCUCAUGAGAGAAGUCAGGCAGCUGUCAGCUUUGGGCUUUUCUGUCCCAGCAAAGAUUCAGCAGACGGCAAGCACGGCGAACAAGUUCUACAGGCAUGGAAUGAUCUUGAAACAGGUGCAGUUUUAUUUUAGCAACUGUAAACCUUGAAAACAAUCCUGGAAGGUGUGUGUAACUUUUUAUGGUCUGUAAUAAUAACUUGCGUCAUAUACACUAAAUAUUAAGAGUCAACUGUCCUCUGUAGGGACAGACUUGAUAUCUUGAAGUUCACUGAUUGUAAAACUUCAAUAUUCAUCAUGUGAAUGCACAAAUCAUGGAAUGUGUUCAUUACCUUUUGAUCCGAAAAGUCAAGAAAAGUCAUGUAUUUUAAUAUAUACAGUCGACUCUCGAUAACUCGAACCUUCGCUAACUCGAACCUCGCGCUAACUCGAACCAAAAUCGAUUUCCCCUGGAUUUCCGUCAUACAUUCACUGUAAUUUUACCUUCCGUAACUCGAACCCUCGAUAACUCGAACUCCCGCUAACUUGAACCAAUUUUCGUUUCCCCUCAGGUCAUUUUCUAUAUAAUUUUACCCCAAUAACUUGAACGAUGUUUUGAGCCCUUAAAAAGUCGGGAAAAAAGUUGUCUACUGGCGUCCGAAACAUUGAAUUUUCGAUUUCCUAUUGACGUGUUGUAGGAGUAUAGUUUACUAGUGGAGGCUGAUAUUGAUUGUCACAGGCUAACGUGAAGCAGCUUUACUUCUCAAAACAGUAAAACGCAUGCUCUAUUUAGGCUAUGGUUUGUUACGUUACGUUCUGAUUUAUAAUCUAGAAGUAUCUUUUAAUUUUCACUUGACAUUUCUACAGUUAAAUGUGAUUAAAAUGUUCACUGUGCAGUAAAAACAACUUACUGUUUUUUACCUUACUCUCGGCUAUUUUUUUCGAGCUCGCGAUAACUAGAACUCCCGAUAACUCAAACUUUUUUCGAUUUGCCUUGAAGGUUCGAGUUAUCGGGAGUUGACUGUACAUGUAUGUACAUGAGCCAGCUGAUGAUGCUAAAGUAUGAAAGUACCCUGUAGGAAGUCCCGGAGGAAGUAUGCGUAAAUUCCUAUAUGUUGUUAGACUGCAAUGCUGUCUGUAUUUUUGUGUAUUCAAGUAUGUGCAAGCAAUCAAACAAAAGGGUUUUUUUACUCUCCACAUAGGAAGCUCGCAUGCUUUGCGUGUGUGAGACUCUUAAGCUACACUAUGUUGUUGGUAAAUGUUUUUAUAAUCACACCAUGAUGGUGGAGUGUUAGGUGAGCCAAUCCCUUAGUAUGUCAAAUGGUAUUUAAAUGAUACAGUGAGGCUUACUCUUUUAGGCAGAGAUGCUCCACUUAGCAUUUUCAGUUACCAUAGAUGAGUUUGAUUUUCUGAGAUAAAGUUGUAACUCUGUUCCUUUGUUUUUUUUUUUUUUUUUAAGGUUGCACAUUUCUACAACACAGUAGACCAACAGAUGAUUCCAAGCCAGAAGCCUAUGAUGUUAGACUCUGCACUGGCAUUUGAACGUCUUGUUAAAAACCCCAAGGCUGGGUCUAAAGAAGGAGGAGGAAAGACACAGGUGACGUGGGAUAACCCCCCUGAACUAGAGGCUUACAUUGACAAGCUGCAAGCUGCUGCUGAUAAGUUGACUUCAGAGAACAGAAGACUCCGUAAGUGCCACCAUAACAUCAGUGACAAGGUAAAGUAUGUUGCUCAGUUUCAUGUACACUGUAACUUCAGGGCUCUCCAGAAAAUCUGAAGUACAAGGAGGUGAAAAAUAUUCAGUGGGUGGCAUUUGAUGAGAUCGACUAAAAGGCACAUUUUUCAAGUGGCUGAACUGUUUGUAGCUUCCCCCUGUUCAUCGAGGGAGCUUAGGGGCCUCCCAUGGGAAUAAAAAUACUUUUGUUUUGGGGUUUCUGUAAAUGGCAUUAUUACAGUGCUUUUUGAGUGGCCAGAGAUAGAAGUUUCAGCCAUGAAGAUGACACUUUAAUUUAUCCACAUUUCCAUCAAUCAGACAAACGUGUUGGUAACCUAAAUAAAAUGAAAUACAGUGGAUUUACAAGUACCUACACCUACAUCCAUUGCUUUCCUUAAACAAAUUUUGUUUGUAGCUGGUGCCUCUGUGUCAACAAGAGGGCAAUUUUAGCUGGUCACUAGCACUUCCUAAUGGGAACCCUGAUUUUUUUUUACUGUUGUAUUUAGCUUGGUCAUGAUUUGCGUAUUGUAUUUCUUCACAUUUCUGCAGUAGGCUUACCACAUGUAAUACAUUAUUGUACUUGUGUUCAGCUUGUUGUUGCAAUAGAUAUUACUGUUAAUGUGAGAGGCCUUUUCAUCCUUACAACAUCUGUUUUAUUGAUCCUUACAGGUGGUGAAUCUUUUGAGUGUUGAUCUGCUGAGACAGCAACCUCGUUGGAAAGAGGCUCUGGUGUCUCUGAGGGAGACAAUGACUUCUCUUGUCCAACAGGUGAGUGGUUUCAGCGAUCAUUGACCUUCGAGCUUGAGAGGUUUGUGGCUAAUGUGAUUAGGUCCAAAAUGUCCUUCAUAGACAGUGGUCAAAUAGAGCUCCCGCUGUACAUGUACAGAGUGUAGUAGCAAUUUCCUAUCAAAGACAGACACUAUUUGUACAUGUAGUUGUCAGGUUUCCUUAUUAUUUUUAUCAUUUUGUUACUUUGAUAGCAUUGUGAUGUCUCAGUACGUCUGUGCAUGUGUAGUACCAUGUACAUGUAUAGUGCAUGUCGGUGCCUGCAUUUGUAAUAACUACAUAGGGUGAGAUGAAAACUAGAAAAAUAGCAUGCUCUUUGGACAAGCUUUUGCUGAAGUUAACUAGCCAGGAGCUGUUUUGCCUUCCCUACUGAACCACGUUUUCACCUUUCUUAGUCCCUGUUGCUAACCCAUCACACAACUGGGUAUUAAGACAUGCUGGCAUGAUAGGUACAUCCACUAGCCCUCGUGGGCUAUGGGACAGCACUUUUGUCGUACCCUGUUACACUCAAUUUUUUGGCAAGCAGAUCAUAUCCAACUUUACGCAUUUUAAAUAGGGAUUUAAGGCAGACAACAUGAAGACAUGGAAGAUGCACUGGGAUAGGCAGUUGUACAAAGCUCUGGAGCAUCAGUAUCAGAUGGGACUUGAAGCAUUGAAUGAGAAUUUACCUGAGAUCAAAGUGGAGCUGGUAUUCAGGUAUAGCUGUAAUAGAAUCUGAUGAUUUACUUCUAGAAACCUGUCUAUUACAGACAGUAUCCAUGGACCAUUAUACAUGUACAAAUCUACUGAUUGAUUCAAUUCCGCACUGAUAUAAAAGGACAAUUUUUAAUGCACAAAUCACUUUAUGGGUAAAUCCUUAUGUAAUUAGGUUAUGCAAAAUGCUAUACAAUUGCAAGUUAUAAAAUUAGCAUUGUUAAGUUAUACAUGGACAGUAAGAUUUUAAACAUAUAAUGAUCAUUGAAAGAUAGCUCUGAAAGACUUUUGUCCAUAAUGAAUACGUGACAGUUAAAAAAAUCGAUAUGCUACUAGUGGCAUUCCAUGUUUAUGUCGUCUGUAAGUUCAUCAAGUAAAUACCCCGAUCAUUUUAACAUGAAAUUGUUUGCGAACACUGUCUUUGUAACUUUUAUACCUACAUUGUUUGGUUUCUCUUCAAGCUGUCACUUAUGGUAUUCCAGAAUAAGAAUACAUGAAAUAAACUUAAAAACUCACUUGUUGUGGCUUUCAUUGCAUGGUAAAAUCCACAAAUCUGUUGCCAAUGAAUAAUUAAAGUUAAAUGUGGUUUUCCAAUGGUCCAAACUUUUGCGGUCGAAGAGAACUUUUUGUCAAAAAUUUCUGCAUAUGAUCAAACAAACACAUCCUUAGAGAAAUACACGUACUUCUCAGUUACUGUAGUUUUAUAAAAGACGCCUUUUUGUUGUCUCUGUAGGCACCAGAAAUUGCAGUUUCGUCCCCCACUGGAAGAAAUCAGAGCAAAAUAUUACAGAGAGAUGAGGAAGUUCAUUUCCAUUCCAAAUCACUUCCGUGGUGUUGGAGACGACAAUAGCAUCUUUCCAAUAAUGAUCGACCAGAAUUCUGCUGGUUUUAUAACUGUUUAUAAGAAGGCUGAGGAUCUCUUCCAGCGCUUAGUAGAUGUGCAGGACCAGUUCAAGGACUGGGUGGUUUUGGGGACUGUGGAUCUGGAAAAACUGAUUGACACCCACCUUCAGACUGUUCCAGACUGGGAGAGAAACUUCAGAGCAAUCAAAGCAAAAGGACGUGAGGCUGAAAAACUACCUCUGUAAGUGAUGCCAAUACACCCAUCCAUAUUAGUAGUCAAGGCUGUGCUCUAAGGAAAAUUGAAGGGAGCCCAGUGCUCUGAAACUGUAAAAUCUAGGGUGCCCAGCAUAUGAUUUGUAUGAAAAUCUGAGAUUUUCUAGUCGCCCGAGGGCAAAAGUUAGGCGCCAGGGGUCACCGAGCUCUACUAGAGCACAACCCUGGUAGUUUAUUCGCAGAUAUUUAAGCUUGCAUGUUAAUUUUAGACUUGUAAAGGGCUUAAACUUCUUUGGAGGAACCUAGAAGCUAAUUUGCUAAUUUUACUCUCAUCAAAUUAAAGUUUCUCAAGGGGAAAAUUGGGGAGAUCUAGAAAAAAUUUAUUUCAAGCCCUGGACUUAAAUGUGACUUGCUUUCAUUUCUCCUCUUUCUGAAAAGAAACAUUAAAGUUGACUGUAUCAGUGUGUCCACAUCGCCUGUCAAAUCAACAAUCGAUGACCACAUACAGCAACUCUUUGAUGCAUUGUUGACCUCCCUGAGACGUUCAAUCACCAAUGAUGUGCAGACAAUUGACACCUUUCUGUCAUCUGCAACAGAUGCUUUGUCUACCAGGCCACAGACAGUUGAGGAAAUAGGCGUCGCUAAUGCUAAGCACUCAGAACUUGCAACAGAGAAGUUACAGGUGAUAAUUCUUUGCCAUGCGGAAUAACAUCAUAUUUAGUGUUGGGUAUCAACUGAGAUUUCAUUAUAGCUCAUUGGAAAAUAAUCGGUUUGACGCACCCGAUGAAUCAUCCAUUAUGAUCGAAAAAAACUCGUUAUUGUGCAAGUCAAAUUGCAUUUGUGUACAUUGUAAUAUAUUUUUAGUGUGUCGGAUCUACGACUCGGCCGUGAGUUCAAUUCUCGCCUAGAGCUCAGAACGUUUUCUGUGCUGCAGAUUUUUGUGGCAGCAUUUUGUGUCCAGCCAGAUCAUUUUGUUAGCGAGAAAAUAAAACAAACAAACCAAAGACAACGACAACUGCAACUGACAACAGCAGAAGCCGCAUAAAAUAUGGAUUGGUUAGCAACUAAGGACUUGUCAAUUACCGACAUUCAUCAUGCAGUUAUUACAUGGUUAUAGGUCUCAACGUCAGUGCAAAAAAGUGUUCUUUUUCUGACAAACCACUAACCCAUAUUAUCACUUCCAGGUUCACCCUUUGUUUGACAAGGCUGAAUCUAAGAACAAGCUGUUGCGUUCAGUGGCCGGUGGUGGCGUUGAACAGAUUGGUCAACUUCAAGCCAGAUGGGAUAAGUUUGAACUGAUGAUGGAGAGUCAUGAACUAAUGGUCAAGGAGCAGGUGAGCAAUCCUACUUUGUACUCAUUGGCCACAGUUAAACAUCUGAAACUGAUUAAAGCUAAGCAAGGCAGUGCAAGCGUAAUUUUGCCAUUUUUGUACAUAUUCAUUGCACCGUUACCUUACAAGGCGUUUUAAACGUUUUCAGAAACAUUCUAAUUGUUUGAAAACUGAAAUUGAGGAAUUGGUUGUAAUCCAUUUGCCUAAAUAAUUUUGCUUUGGUGGGAAGACUAACAUUGAAAGGAAGGUUAUUAAUUUGAGAAAAAUGAAAUGAUAAAAAACCCUGUGUGGUGAACAUUUUGUUUUUUGAUCCUUAAAACUGUGGCUUACUGUACAAGACAUUAUGUCAUUUCUUGAUGUAAAGAUACGUUCUAAAACGAUGUAGUAAUUAUUUGAAUAAUCUUUAAAGGUCGAGGUGAUGAAAAGUAAUGUUGAGUCAAGAGUACAUGCCUUCCAGCAAGAACUCGACAAAUUCAGUGCUCGGUGGCACCAGUUGAAGCCGCGGGACAUUGAUGAAUACAAAGACAGACAGUCUUGUCUUACAGCAGUCAAUUCAAUUAAUGAAAGAAGAGCGGAAUUUGGUGAACUGGAGGAGACAAUGAAAAAGCUCAUGUAAGUAUGCAAUAGGAAAAAAAAUCCUGCAGAUGCAUAGAUUGUAGUAGUAGAGUAAACAACCAAUUGUCCGUAAUUUGCUUAUCAGUGUUAUUAAUAAACUGUGGGGAAAGUAACCUUUGUUGGGAGAGAGACAUUUUGACAGUUCAGGCAGUUUUGACUCGACUGUGAGCGGUCUCUCUUUUUUGGCAAAUUUAGUGAGGGGAGUGCACGCGCGCGCGCGUCGAGUAGCGAAGCCGCGAGACGCGAGACGCGAGAAACGAGCGCGGCAGCCCGAGAAGAAAAAUUACAGACUGUUCCCAUAGCCAGAGCAAAUGAAUUUUGCGUACGCCUCACAAGGCAAAAAUACGAUUGACGGAUGGUUAAAUCACAAAGGCGUAUAUGAUUCACUUGGCAGAGCCGUAUUUUUAGUGUACUGUCAAAACGUAGGUCUCCCCUUAAUGUUCACAAUAAGUACAGAAUGUCAGGGUUGUCAUUAAGAGCCGGGGGCCGGGGAUUUUCCCCAGCUACUAAGAGAGUGGCCCCUGGCUACUUUUAUUGGAAAAUAGAAGAAAAAUAGAACCAAAAGAAAUCCUUAGCUGUUUCAUUCCCUGCCUACUUGUUGUAUUUACCCGGCAACUUGAAAUCUUAGUGACAACCCUGGGAUGUAGAUCAAAAUUAAAGUAAGCUGUUGUACAGGGAUAUUUUUCAUUGUUGCAAUGUGGCGUACUUUGCAAUAAAAGGAAACGGUACUUGACGUCUUAACAUUUCUCUUCAGCUUUGACUGCCAGCAUUUUGGUGUAGCAGAACCACAGUUUUCAGCUGCAGAAGAACUCAAGGCAGACAUCACUUAUCAUGAAUCCAUGUGGGGAUUGUAUGAGGAGUUCAGUACUGGACUUGAUGAACUUGCUAAGGAAGAUUGGAUAUCAUUCAGGUGCCAUUAUAUUACUGAAUUCUCACUUGUACGUUUGAAUUAAGUUUGUGGCUUUUGUCUUUUUAUACGCACACCCAGGAACAAUUAUUAAGUGACUUUACCCUCGUAUAAGAGCUUUCCAUGAUAAAAGGCCUUUUUUCUGAGGCCUCGAAAGUUUCCUUUGCUCAUUGAGUACGCAUUGUUUUUCCCCUCCCGAAUUGUCCAUAACCUUUGUUUUUAUUUCUCCUGGGUAUUAUAGUCGCCCCCGGGAAAACACAAUGCUUAUGCAAACAAGAUAAAGUUAUACAUGUAUUAUGGGAAAUGCGUAAAUGGUUAAUGUAGCAUGGCUCGUACGCUCUGUGGCUAUGCAUCCUUUGAUACCCUUGCAAUAUUCAAAUGUGCACCUAAAAGCUCUUCAGCAAGAACUUCUUGUGGUUCUCUGUUGUGUGUUAUCAGAUGUUUCCAAACAAAGCUUUUACAAAUAACAGCAUGUAAAUUGCAUGAGAGAAAAAGGAAAGUUUUGCAAACGUUUUUGCAUUUAACACAGUUAGGUCAGGUUUGGCUAGAUUAGCAUUAUAGCUAUUAGCAGGACAUAAAAUUGUAAACUUUAUAUUUCUUUAAAUAAAAUUGUUGUUGUUGUUGUUGUUGUUCCCAACAUGUGGAAUGCCAUAAACAACUUCACCAGUUUUAGCUAAAUUUGGACUUUAAAGUUUGUACUAACUAAUUUUUGUCCAAUUGACACUUCCUUUAGCUGGUGAUUUUUAAUUACUGAUAGUGGCUGUCUUUUUUUAUAUCAGGGGAAAUCUCUAUCGCUUUGAUGAUCUCCUGACAGCCUGGUCAGAGAAAUUAAGAGCAAAGGAACCAACCAGCAUGACCGUUAGAUUACAGAAAGAGGUUGACAAAUACAAGGUAUGUUUACUCUUAAUUUUAUGUAUUUAAAGUUGAAACCGACCAACUGUGCUAUCAUAAAGUAAGAGAAUUUGAGGAAAUAAUUGGAGUACUGUGCACCGGAGUUAUGACAGUUGCUCCCGAAGUCUUUGAAGUACAUGUAUGUAGAGAGAGUCACUUACUCUUUGUGUGUCUUUUGAAUGUUUAGAACGUUGUUCCCCUUCUAAAAUAUGUUCGUGGAGAGGCCCUUUCUCCUGACCACUGGCUGGAAUUAUUCAGACUUUUGAAGAUGCCAAAAGGGACCAUCCUUGAGAAAUUAACAUUCGGAGAUGUGCUGGAAAGUGCUGAUCAGAUCAUAGCUCAUGCUGACGCACUCAAGGUUGGUUAAAGCUCCUUAUAACCCUAGUGCGCUGUAUGUUUGAAUACUACUUGAACUGUGAUCACUUUUGGACAUUGUCAUUUUGCACAGAACAGAGGCAAAUGAGAUUACCCACAAUUUGACCCGUAAUGCGUGGAAAGGUUUGUUUCCACUGAUCAAGGCGUAAGGCGCAUGGAAUUACGUGUACCACCUCAGGUUUCAACUGUAACAAAAAUUCGAAAUCUGGACUAGGUGUUUAAAUCAAUCUAUUGAAAGUCAUGUUUGAUAGUUAUUGGAAAAGUGUGAAUCUGAUAUUAUAUAUGUAAUAUAUGUUAUCCUUUGAAGGAGCUAAACAGUAGAGCUCAAGGAGAAGUGUCAAUCCGAGAGGCUCUACGAGAGCUUGAGUUGUGGGGUGCAGGCGCAGUGUUUUCUUUGACAUCUUACGUGGAUUCGCAUAACAAAGAGUUGUCCAUCAUUAAGGACUGGAAGGAUCUUGUCAAUCAGGUAUGGUGAACAAAAUAGGUUAGAAAUAUGGGACUCGUAAGAACUGAGCUUAGUUGCUCACUAUAGCUAAUGCUUUGACAGCUAAGUUCUCACAACAAAUAAGUGAAAACUUUGAACUGAAUUUUUCAUGAUCAGUAACUCUGAUAAGACUAAACUAGAACAAGUAAGUUGGCAUCACUAACUUAUAACUUUUUUGCUGGUUAAAUUCUUGACACCUUUAAAGAUAUCUACGGAGUAAAACUAAAAUACUUUCAUUUGAAAAUACGUCGACAUGCAUCAAUUUCAGUGAGUUCUUCGUUGUAUAGAUCGUUUUCACCUGACGUCACGGUGGCCAUAUUGGUGUACAAAACAAUGAAAACGGCGGCCAUGUUGGUGUACAGAAAAAAAUCCUGUGGGGAUUGAGGACAUUUCUACUAUGAAAAACUGUAUUUGUUCCAACAAAUUUGUAAAGCUGCUUACAACGUGAGUGAAAACGAUCUCUACUAAUCACUGGGUACUUUCAUGUUACAGGUGGGUGACAACCAGUGCCUUUUGCAGUCGCUGAAGGAUUCUCCUUACUACAAAGGAUUCGAAGACAAAGCGUCCCUUUGGGAGACUCGUCUGGCUGACUUGGACGAGUACCUUCACAACCUGAACCAGAUACAGAGGAAGUGGGUGUAUCUGGAGCCCAUCUUUGGCCGAGGAGCUCUACCUAGAGAGCAGGGACGGUUUAAGAGAGUGGAUGAUGAUUUCAGGUUUGUUGUAUCGGAAUUUAUUUGGGAUCUUUUCAUUUUAAAGUCAACAAUUUUCGUUUUGUUGUUGUUAGGAAUGCUUAUUUUUGGAACUCUGUGGGUGAAUGUAAGCGUGCCCUUUCGAAAAUUUCCCCAUCAUGGUUAAAGAAGGUUUUUUUUGGUUUUGGUGUUUUUCGUCUAUUUACUAUGUAUUUACUCUCCACAAUGCAUGGAAUCGUCAAUGUAUUCUCUUGUAGCCUAUGAUGAGUCUUCUGAGAAAAAGAGCUUCAAAUUUCUUGUUUUAACGUCCACUAUUUGUCCACUUUUUUGUGGAAACGUUAUACGUGACUGGUCCUUUUGUAAAUGUGAAUAUGAUGGUGCAUGUUGAAUUUAAACAAAGCUUGUUUCUCUCUUAACAGAACUAUUAUGCAGGAUGUUUCGAAUGACAACCGAGUGCUGUCACUUGUGGCACAGUCAGGCAUUCGGAACACAUUAGUAACCCUUCUGGAUCAGCUACAAAGAUGCCAGAAAUCUCUAAAUGAAUUCUUAGAGGUACGUCGUUUUCUAAGACCCUUCAGAUGCUUGAUGUCACAUAUUGCCUUGCUUCUUCAUUUUUUCUCUGCGCACUUCCAGCAAAUUACAAAUAAAACUGUAGUGGUUAUUUCGAGUAGUAUGUUCAGACUACGAAUAUUGGAAUAUUUUAGAGAUAAAUACCGUUAAAUGAAAUUUCAAGCAGUUAACAACAAAGAGCGCCAUCUCUUGUUAUAGACCAAAGGCGAUGCAUUUGGCUAGUGUAAUAUAUCAGAAUAAGACAACUGCAAGUGUAUUUUUAUGACCAAUUUCAACCCUAAAUUCAUCAGGAAAAAAGAGCCCUGUUUCCGCGGUUUUACUUCAUUGGUGACGAUGACCUGCUUGAAAUCCUUGGCCAAGCCACCAAUCCAUUGGUGAUACAGUCGCAUUUGAAGAAACUUUUUGCUGGGAUACACAACGUGGCAUUCGAUGAAGGAUGCAAGAAUAUCGUGGCCAUGAAGUCUCUUGAUGGUGAGUUGGUACCGCUGAAAAGACCUGUCACCAUUACUCCAGAGGUAGAGGUAGGUGUCUACACCACCGAAAGGCUGCUUAGUUUUUAACUAGUAUAUAACACGCCUGUACCUCUGCAGUGCAACUGAACAGUGGCCUUGCUUGGAGGGGGGACCAGCGUAGCAAGUGACAAUACUUCAUCAUGGUCUUGUGAAAAGGGUGUCCCUAAAACUAAGCAAACUCUUUGCAUUCGGGAAAACAGGUCGUGUGUGUAUAUAUAGAGUGUUUUCACAUGACGUCAUAGCGACCAUAUUGGUGUCCCAAAACAAUGAAACGACGGCCAUGUUGGUGUCCCAAAUCAGUCCUGUGGGAGCUGAACUCUGUUCUUAUGUAAACUCUUUCUUUUGUUCCAGUAAAUUUGCAUAAAUGCUGGCCACGUAAGUGAAAACGCUCUAUAGGGUUUUUGACGAUCAGGAUCCGUGUAUUCAAAUUCAGGCUAACUUCCGUAAGCUUCUUGGACAUUCUCGUAAAAGGCUGCAUGUCUCGUCAUUUUCCAGCAUGAUGUUGUUAUCAAAAGCAUUACGUAGUGGCCUUGCAAGAAAUUGGCUACAAGUCUUAUAGUUUAACUGAGCACGUUACCCGAAGCCAGUGAACACAGAAAGCCUUCAGUGGGCGGUGAAAAAUAGCUGGAGCAUUUUAUAAACCAAUUGGCAGCUUCUGAAGUUGGCAAAAUCGGAGGCUUUCGUUUCAGGUGACAAUGAUACCAAUGUGAUUCAUCACUUAGAACACAUCCCGUAUAGACCAAGUAAGACCAAUCAAUAAAUCGUGACUAUAAUUUAAACCUGAAAAAAGGUAAUUGUUUUCAGAGUACUGUAGUCUGCGUUCCAUUUGUUUGGGCCCUUCUACUGCUGUACACGGGUAACUGAUAAACACAAAGUGGUCUCUUUGAUGCGCUUCGCCAUCCCGGUGAGAGAUAAACGACAAUUUGUAGCCACUUUAGCUUAAUCCUGACUGUCAUUUUCAUAUUUAUGAAAUGUAGGAAAUGCGAUGCUUAAUGACAGUUCUCUUUGCUCUAUGAACAGGUCUGGCUUGGUGAUCUCGCUAAUGAAAUGAAAGACACUCUGAAGCAACUACUGACUGAUUGCCUCAGUGGCAGUAAGAAAGGAGGAUCCGGUGGAGGAGUUGAUCCUUCCAAGUUUCCCUCACAGGUUUGUUAUCAAUGUAGUUAUUUGAUUGUCGAUUGGCAAACGUAUUUCUACAAAACCUCACGGGUAAAAGUGUUUCUGAUUUUAGUACCCUUUCCUUUCACGUCUCUGGCUUUACUCUUCUCCUUUUGUACGUUUUGCUUCAUAAAAUCGUGUCUGAAACUCCAGUGUCUUUUAUAGAGAUUACUACUCAAGGACGUUAGAAAGAAGGAACUUCUGUAGCUUUUAUUUCCCCUCACGCAUAUCAACUUACUUUCUGGUGUUUUUAAACUAGUCAAGCAGGCUGCCUUUUAGGCCAACGUAUGACUUGUCAUUUUCUCUAUAUACAGGUUUCUUCUGAAAAUUUAUUCUGUUUGUCCCUUCCCACAUUUGCUUAUCCCUUAAUUUUCGCAGAUCCUGUGCCUUGCUGAACAAAUCCAGUUCACAGAUCGUUGUGAGGCAGCCAUCAAAAGCAACUCUCUUCAAGAAUUUCAGAUUGAGAUGGAGUCCCAGCUAGAAUCGUACACUAGUGCAGAAAUUGGUGGAGGAGAUGCCCCUGAGUCUCAUGUUCUUGAACUGAAGUUGAAGGCGCUGAUCCUGGACACAAUCCAUGCUAUUGAUGUGGUGCAACAGCUGAUCAAACAUGGCGUGAAGUCUGCCGAUGAAUGGAUGUGGCAGAAGCAGCUGCGAUUUUACAUGCAAAAGAGUAAGUUCGCUGAUUUACAGAGAAUAUACCGAUGGGAAAUUUAGCACUACCGUUUCGUUACCGAAAACUGAACAAAUUUCUAGUAAUAAGGAAAUGUGAGAGCCGAUUUGUCACUGGAAGAUGUUUUCAGUUUUAACUGUUUGAGCCCUUGUGUUUUAUGGUCCUGUGCUUUAUCUAACUCAUAACGAUAAUGUUAUCGUUGCCUUUUCUCAGCUACUAAGUAGCUCAUUGUGGGUCCUCAUAGUGCCGGCGUUACGUGCCCCAGUACUUCAAACAAAUUUUUGAUUUUAAAACUUAAUAUUGAAUUCGCUCUCGAGGAAUUGUUUCCCCUUUUAUAAUCUCUAUAGUACUUUGUCUUCAUUAAUUUUGUUACUACACACUUUUCCCUUGCCAGAUGUUUGCUUGAUACGUAUGUGCGAUGCAGAGUUCCAUUACACUUAUGAAUAUCAAGGCAAUGCUGCCAAACUUGUACACACCCCUCUCACGGACAAGUGCUACCUUACAUUGACUCAAGGGAUGCAUAUGGGUCUUGGUGGAAACCCAUAUGGCCCUGCGGGCACUGGCAAAACAGAAUCAGUCAAAGCUCUAGGCGGCUUGUUUGGAAGACAAGUUCUUGUGUUCAACUGUGAUGAGGUACUUGUUGAAAACAUUUUGCGUAGGAAUAUAUGUUACAGGUCAAAAUUAAAUUCAGGUUAAAGUUUUUUAACUUAGGGUGAUUCUCAAUUUCCUUUGUGCUCCUAGGCCUAAUUAUUCAUGAAUUAGGGCUAGGAAACAAAGGAAAUAACAAUGUUCUUCCAGCAAAGACGACUAAAGUAAAGGUCUUAGGACCAAGCUAUUACUAUUUCGUUGCACUAAAUGCAAUUAAUGAAAUUUGUAGUGAUAUUUAUUCACUGAUAUUUUGUAAUUUGUAGGGAAAUAUCAUUGUGGUAUUUAUGCCAAAUAUCACGAAAUGCCAUUAUUUGUUUAUACUACUACCGCCAAGAGGUUUGUAAUUUUCACAUGUAGGUAUUUCAAAUUAAGCUGAAAUACCACUGCUCUAAACCAAUCAGAUUGCAGAAAUUUCUCAUGUAGUGGUAUAAUUCACUUGUAUUUGUAGGGCAUUGAUGUGAAAUCGAUGGGUCGUAUCUUCAUUGGUCUCGUCAAGUGUGGUGCCUGGGGCUGCUUCGAUGAGUUUAAUCGCUUGGAAGAAGCCGUGUUAUCUGCCGUCUCUAUGCAGAUUCAGACCAUACAAGCUGCUCUCAAGACCAAGCUACCAUCUACUGAGCUACUUGGCAGAGAGGUGUGUUGAUUUUCCCGUUAUUUGAGGACACGUAGCAUUUCUAAUAAAAAACUCGCCAAUGAGGUAUUCUUGUCGAAUAUGUCGUCCAUUUGUAGAGUUUCCUCAUUAUUGGUUCAGUAACCUUUUCACACUUAAAAAGGCCAAAGUCAAAUUUCAACAACGCUUGAAAAUUUCAAUAUUUUAAAUAAUUAAAAACAAAUAAAAUGUUGUGAAAGAACUGCUCAGUAGCUUUCAGUUGAAUGGUGACACCACAAGAUUUUGUCCACAGACCCAAAGUUAAUUAAAGCAAUCUAACAAGGUUCCAUUACUUUAUACGAGGGGUUAAUCCUGACUUGAGUGGAAGAGGUGGUUUGGAAACGAAAGGCGUGUUAUGUCAGCUUCCCAAUUCUCAUACAAAAACCUUAGCUUUAUUAGACUGCGGUCUCCCUCUCUAAUCCUGAGUCGAGAAAGUUCUUUGAAUUGGCCAUUUCUAAGUUGUGCUUGAGACUUGCUCUGCGUUUUGUCUAUUUUCACAAUGGGACUGUUUUGGGUAACGAAUUGUGACCCAGUACACUACGCAGCCUUUCGUCUUAAAAUCCUUUCUAUUCACUUUUCGAGCUCUUCAACUUGUCUAUGAUCACAAGAUACUGACAAACGGUGGUAAUUUUAUCUCGUCGUAGGUUGAUUUAGAUCCCAACUCAGGAAUUUUCAUCACGUUGAAUCCAGCUGGUAAGGGUUACGGAGGACGACAAAAACUUCCUGAUAAUCUAAAGCAGCUCUUCCGUCCUGUGGCCAUGUCCCGACCUGAUAAUGAACUCAUUGCUGAAGUCAUCAUGUUCUCUGAAGGAUUCAAGGAAGCUAAGAGCUUGGGAAGGAAACUGGUGGCCAUCUUUAACCUAUCAAAGUACGUGGCUUGCUACUGAAUAUGUGUUAAUGGUUUAAAAAAAAUUGAUGGUUCGAAGUAUGAUGUACGAGCGUCAUUUUCUUAAGCCAGCUUUUGCCCAAGACACCUUUUGUUGUUUCGAUUUAAGUUUCUAAUUUGCUUCACGUUUUUUUCCGCCCCAUCAUUUUGAUGCAUAUAAGCUAACACAAAAGGCCUCCUGUCUUUUUUUUUUGACAACAGCAAUGAAUACCUAUGCUCUAGACGUUUUUCCAAUGUUGAAUUAUGUAAGGAAAAAACUGAUUAAAUUGUUCUACAAUUACCUUUCUUUUUGCUUUGUCAGGGAACUCUUGUCUCAGCAACAGCAUUAUGACUGGGGUCUCCGUGCAUUGAAGACUGUACUGAGGGGCUGUGGGAACUUGCUACAGUCACACAAACAAACUAAUGGACAAGGUAAACCUGGAAGAAAAUUCUCCAAUUUUGUAAAUCCUCUUCCUGCUUCUCUGCUUUAUGAAUGUUGUUUUGACCAUGAGAUUUAAGACAAAUUGUCACGUUUUUGGUCGACAACUCUCAGAGAGAGAGGGGCUCUUCUAAGUUGCAUUCUUCUUUUGAGUGGGUUUCAGAAAAUGAGCCCACUUUGAAAUUGUAUUAAGGCUUUUCUUUUCUCAAUACAAGAUUGUUCGUCAGGAAUUUCAUGCAACAGGUAUCCAAAUUUGCAAUGCACCUUUCUUUUGUGCGAUUGAACAGAAAAAAACUGCUUAUCAAGGUUGCAGUGUUUUUUUUUUCACUUUUAGUUAAGUGUUUACUUGCUUUGUUUAUUCAGUUGUGAUCGAAUAUUGUGAUUCUCUUAGUUAAUGCCAAUGUGGAGGCUCGUCUAGUGGUUCAAGCUGUGCGUGUAAACACCCUUUCUAAGCUGACCUUUGCAGACUCUAAGAGAUUUGAUGCUCUUGUUCGGGACAUCUUUCCUGGUGUGGAUUUCAAAGGGGUGGAGUAUGCUGAGCUUGCAGAUGCUUUGCGUGCCGCAGCUCAAGAAUCUAACCUUAUGGUUAUGGAGACACAGGUGAGAGGUAGAUGGGAGUGGUAGUUACGAUUGUUAAAGGCAUGUCUUAGACAGCUUACCUUAAAAGGUAGCUGCCUGCAUUAGUUAUAGAGUCAAGUGCACUUUUUCACAGUAAAAUGUAGGUUUCGUAAGCAUUGCCAGAACACGCACAGUUAGCCAUUAAAUUAAAGGACCUCCUUCUGUUUCCCUUGAUGGUAAAUCUAAAUGUUGCCUUUGCUGACAGUUACCUGUUUAUCAGGAGACUAAGAAUUUUCUUUUCCAUGGCGAUUGCCACACCGUUUAUCAAAGUUGAAAAAAAAAAUGGAUAUUAUGAUUCUUGCAAAAUACUUGCAACACACUGUAUUAGUUCUCGGCAUGGCCUCUCUUGAAAGUAUAAAUAAAACGAAAUAGAAUAUAAUAAAAAGCUGUAAAUCUGUCCACGUAUUGAUUCAAGAGUUAUUUUUAGUUAUUCUCAGUUAGUUCGCUGGUUACAUUUCACGUCCAAGCGUUAGUUACACGACAGUUAACAUGUUACCUGCUUUCACAGGAAGGGCAUUAUAUUUAAAUGGGGAUCGACAAUACUUUUACAGGUUAAAAAGGCCCUUGAACUGUACGAGCAGCUUAGACAGCGAAUGGGUGUGGUGGUCAUUGGUCCCUCGGGCUCAGGGAAGAGUACCAUCUGGAAAGUGCUGCGUCUGGCCCUUGGUAAAGUGGGCCAAACUGUGAAGCAUUAUACCAUGAAUCCCAAAGCCAUGCCACGAACUCAGGUCAGUGUAAUUUAGGUUAUUUUGUAACUCAGAGGUUGUGUUUUGAAACAUGCAGUGGAAUUCGCCUACGGUAAUACUUCUUGGGCAAAAGCUAUGUACUUAUCACCGUAGAUAGUUUGUCUUUUGGAUUUUAUAUGCGUUUAAAUCUUUGGUCUUGUAACCGUGUUUGAUUUUACUUGAUUAUUUGUUUACUCUGUUUUGCAUUAGUUUUAAUCUACCACGUGGCCAGUAUGCCUGUUUCUGGACAACUAGCAAAGUGUGCUCUCCAUGACCUAGUUGUUCGAAGCGCCGAUUAUCGCUAACCCGGGGUUGAAGUUACUCCGGUUUCCCUUUCUGUCCGUCAGAUAACUCGAACCCUCACUAACUCGCUGAAAAUUGCUUCGAGUUAGCGGGAGGUUCGAGUUAUAGAUGGUUCGAGUUACCGGGAGUCGACUGUAUCAUCUAAAAGAAGUCAGCUUUUCUAGUAGUCUUCUUAUUUUUCUCUUUUUUAUCCAGAUUUAAUUAUUUUCUACGGAUUUGGGCCUCUUUACACCGUAAACAAUUUUCUUUUGUUUUACCGUUUUCACUGCGCAUGGAAUUUCUUUAUAUACAUGAAUGAGGCUAAAAGGUUGCCCUUGCAUUGCCUAGCCAUCAACAUUUAUCACCUGUUUGGCUAUUUACAUAAGCGCUUAUUUCCUCCACAGUUACUAGGACAGAUUGACAUGGAUACUCGAGAAUGGUCAGAUGGAGUCUUGACGAACGCUGCUCGACAAGUAGUUCGUGAACCAAUCGAUAUCCAGUCGUGGAUCGUCUGUGAUGGAGACAUUGAUCCUGAGUGGAUAGAGUCGCUUAACUCCGUGCUUGAUGAUAACAGAUUAUUGACCAUGCCCUCUGGUGAAAGGAUUCAGUUUGGACCUAACGUUAACUUCCUGUUUGAAUCGCAUGACCUAAGUUGUGCCUCCCCUGCUACUAUUUCGCGCAUGGGAAUGAUUUUCUUAAGGUAAGUGAGACCAAUUGCGUAUGUGACUUAAGGCAGCAUUCACACUUGUUACCCAGGCACGGUGCCCGUUGAGCACUAAUGUGAACACACCCUUUUUUCAAGUACCCACGCUAGAAUUCGUGCACGGUACUGGUGUCCAAGUACAAGAGUCCUUGUAUUCGGGAACAAAAGUCGGGACUGCGUCCCUGUGUGCAGACCGUUUUCAUUAGUUCUGAGGCAGUCUACUUUUUUAAACGCGCUGCGUUUAAAAAUGGCGUCUGGCAGGGUGAAAUGGAGUAACUAUGUACCGGGUACACAGUUACAUAUUGGGUACUCAAGGUGAACACAACACCAUUUUUUAACGGUACUCGGGCAGUGGUUCACGGGCCCCAAGGGUGGACAGCCACUAAGAUACCAUUGGCUUUGUGGUAGCCUGUGAUCAUUGCCUUCCUAUAUGUGUGUAUGUCUUUCCCCCAUCUCUUUUCAAAAGAAAGGGAAAAACUACGCGUGAUCGGAAGUUAACUUUGUGGGUACAAGUAAUGGUAAUUUAAGCUGUACAAAGUCUUCACUUCCCUUACAUUUGCCACGAUAUGGGCAUUGUGACAAGAAAACGUGUUUUGCGUUAGUUUAAAUUAUGAGCGGCUCCUACAAUACAAGUGAUAGUUCUAUUGUAUUAAGAAAGCACACGAGUAUUAUUUGGGAGGGUCCUGAGACCUAAUGUAAGAACAUUGAUAAGUUACCCAGCCCUUUUUUGUUUUGUUUCUAUUUGUUUUUUCUUUGGUGCUGGAGUUCCUGAUCACUCAAACACGCCCUUACUUUCUUUCAUGUUACAGCGACGAGGACACAGAUGUGAAGGCUUUGGUGAAGUCAUGGUUCUUGAGUCAGCCAGAGGAGGACCGUCGUAUGCUGGAGACAUUCCUAGAGGAUCAUUUCUACAAGGCACUGGACUGGGUGCUAAAACAAAAUGAGUUUGUUGUAGAGACUAGUUUAGUGGGCGUGGUGAUGAAUGGUUUAUCCCACAUGCAUGGGGUCAAGGUCAAACAGGAGUUCGCGUGUGCUUUGAUCAGGGGACUCGGGGCUAACUUGUCUUCAACUGCCAAAACAGCAUUUGCUAAAGAGGUUUGUAUAUUACUGGAGCCGCUGUUGCACGGUCAUUUGAACUGCCUUGAUUUUGUCAUGAAAAUGUGAAAUUGAAAUUCAUUUUCCUGUUCUUGUCAAUCGUUUUGUUGGACCUACAUAUCGCAUCAACUUCGUUUCAAUUUUGCUUGUUCGACAAUCCUUUUUUCCUUUUAAGGUGUUUCACUGGACCCAUGAAAUGCCGCCUGAUCAAAAACGACCACUGGACACAUAUUAUGACAGUGACAGAGGCCGGCUGGCAUCGUACCAACUAGAGGUGAGGCGUACGUGCUCAUCAUUCUUUGAUUAAGCUGUAAAAAUAUCUUAAUACUAAGACAUUUUAGCAGAAUCAGGAAAGUUUUAAAAUGUUCCCUACACAUAAGUUGACACUUUGACUAUUUCUGUUUUGAAGCUAGACAUUCUUCAAACAGUAUUAGGUUAAUUAGCGUUUUUGCCACUCAGCUUAGUUUGAAAUGUGUCUUAAAAAUUAGUUGAAACUUUGGUUGAAUCUGUUUAAAAGCUCUUAAUUUUACUUUGACUACUUUGCAAACAGUAAAUGGGUAAGUAGCGUUUAUGCACCCAAAAACACAGCAGAUUUUUAUGGCCGAUAUUGUGUUGGAUAUUUUGCGUUAAGAGGUGAAGAUUGCGAAGAUCUCUGAGGUUAGCCGUUCUACAUUCCCUUAAAUUCGAUUUGUUUGUACCCCGACGAUUUCUGUGGGCAAAUUGGUAUGCUAAUAUACCAAAGUGUAAACGGUGACGUACAUACAUACAUACAUACAUACUUUAUUGGCUCGUCCCCACGGGGCUUUUCAGAGUCAAUUUUACAUUACAAAAUUAUAAACCAAGUACAUGACAAUAAGAAUAUAACAAUGAUAAAAGAAGACAAAGGUCAAUAAAAUUAAUUAAAUUAAUUAAAUAAAGCAGUCAUUAAGAAGCUUUUGCCUGAGUAAACACUUGAAUUCCGUCACGGAUGGGCUAAGUUUGAGCGCAGGCUGCAACUCAUUCCAGAGAGAGGUUGCUCUAUAUUGAAAGGUCCUUUGGCCGCUGGCAGUGCGGAAGAGUGGUAUGUUCAAAAGUUGAGAAUUUCUCGUAUUCCUUGUCGAGACGGCGGAUUUUCCAACGAGCUUUGAUGUCAAAUACUCCGGAGCACAACUCGUCAUGCACUUAAAAACCAGAACAGCAAAACGAAAAUAAAGUUGUUGCCUGAUUGGUAGCCAGCGCAAGUCUUUUAGCAAAGGAGUUAUGUGAUCGAAUUUUUUAGCGCCGCUCAAAAUACGACAAGUGAAAUUCUGUACUGCUUGGAGCUUGUCCAGAUUAGUUUGAGUAGUAUUGCUCCAAACAGAAGAGCAAUAGAAUAAUUUACUAAAUACUAAGGCAUUUAUAAUAAUAAUUAGCGCGUGUUUAUUAACAAUAUGCUUAACGCGGUUAAUUUGGCCCAAACGUGACAUGCAUGAGGAUACAGUAGAAACAAUAUGCUCAUUAUAUGUUAAGUUAGAGUCCAAGUCCAGUCCGUCACAAUGGGUUGAGGUUAAACUUAGUUCCAGGUCAAGUAGAAGUUGGAGGGUCUCUUGAGAGGGUCUCAUGGCUUGUUAGACUGAGAAUUAAUUUAAGGUCUUGAGGUGGUGUUGAGGUUAGAAGUGUAUUGUUCGGUGGUGUGACGGAUCCGCCCAACCAUCCGGGUGGUAUUGCAAAUAUAUAGGGAAAAGAACAAUAGAAAGGCUGGCAGCCAAUGAGGAAGAGCUGACGUUAUGGUCUAACCAGUUAAUGACAGGUUUGACUGCUUUAGUGAACGUGUUCGUAGGAAAAGUGCUCACUCUCUUGGGACACUUUGAAUAUUUACUGGUAAAGUUAAUUUACAUGCAUAAAUCGAAUAAAUGAAGUUAAGACCGUCGCGCGAUAAAAAAACAGCUAUUUAAUGUGUUAGCGCAACGAAACCAAGAAAGUGCCGAAGUCGAACAGUUGCAAUUAUAGUGAGGAUCAUUCCUGAAAUCAAAUAAAGAGCUCAGUGAUCGAAUAAGAGAGUCGUCGGGUGAAGACUUGUAUGGCAUGGUGUGAAUUCAUUAAAUAAACGUUGAUAUCGACUUUAUUUUAGGAUGUGCAGUCUGAUUUACGAAUACAAAUAAGUCAUGAUUGGUUUUGGUACCUAAUCAACCAACAAAUUUCUGACGGCAGCCGGUUCUUAACAGAAAAUCAUCAUUUACCGCACCUAUUCACAAUAGAUAUACAUUAAGACACACCGUUUCUGCCUUUGGAUACAGAAGAACAUCUUUCCUACGUGUUUGUUAAAUAAUAAUGGAGACCAUAUGUCCCCAAAAUACAACAAUACAUUCGCAGCCCUUCCCAGUACUGAGUAGGCUGGCCGUUCCGGCUCUAAGGUUAAGUGGAAUUCCACACACAUUUACAGAAACGUUACUUCUUAAGGUGUCUUAUAAGCGUUUUUUCAUACACCUCAGUGAUUAAAGUUCAACCCUUUGAAGCUAAAGCUACUGUGCUACGUGACGCGAAGAGUUCUUUGCGUGUUCCCUCAGGACUUGUAGAGACCGUUUGCAUUUGGCUCGUCUGGUUUCAAAAGUAAGUGUUCAAUAUUUGGUUCCCAAACCGGUGUUGCAGUCAUAUCUGAGCAACGCAAAGCAUUACGUUCUCCGUAGAACUUAACCCUGGUACACACGCAUCCCGGUACCAAAUAGAUCAGUGCCACUUUACCUACACCAUGGAAAGCUUGGUUCCGUACCUAUUGAAAACUAUGCGGUGUUUUGACUCCAACAAGCGUAAACUCAACCAGCUACCAAUUGCAACUUAAGAGGAGGAAUUUUUUACAGGAUAUUAUCGUCCUUGUUUGAUAUCGUUCAAUGACACCGCAAUCGUAAGAAAUUUGUAUCUUGAUGUAUAUCGAAGAAGCUUUUUAAAAAUUUGCCGCCAACUUGAAGAGAAUUUGCGUAUGACCACUUUUGAAUAUAAUCCGCGCUCGAUCCGUAUUGAAGCUUAUCAUUCUGACUGCAACGUAACUGAGCUAAUAAACCAAAUAUUACUGAUCAUUUACACUCCUUCAACACCGCAGGAGAUGAUCUAAAUCUUGCGAACAUGUAAGGUGAAGACCCACAGACUUGCUUAUAAUUAGAACAGUGACAGUACUCGGCUAGUAGAUUUUAAUAGCCGAUAUUUCGUUAGGUAUGCUGUGUGAAGACCUUACGAUUGCACAGAUCACUGAGGUUUGCAAUUCAAUUUGUUUAUGCCCCGACGUUUUCUGUGGGCAAAUUCGUAUGCUAACCCACCAAAGGAAAAACAGUGAUUUCACGAUCGGUUCAGAGUAAACAUAUUUCAAAGUCAAGUGGGUGUUGGAGGGUCUCAUGAGAGAUGCAUGGCUUGGAAAGGACGUUUGCUGUACUUGAAUAAUGAAAAUUACAUUAGGGUAUUGAGGAGGUGUUUAGGUGAGACGUGUAUUGUUUGGUGGUGUGACGGAUGCGCCCAACCAUCCGGGUGGUAUUGCAAAUAUAUAGGCAAAAGAACAAUAGAAAGGCUGUCAGCCAAUGAGGAAGAGCUGACGUCAUGGUCUAACCAGUCACUAACAGGUUUGACCAGUUAAGUGAACGUGUUAUUUACGAAACCGCUUACUCUCCUGGGACACUAUGAUUCUUUGUCAGCUGGGUUAACAUCCAUGUUAAAAUCGAAUAGAUGAAGACCAUCGUGAGACAAAAACUCAGCCCUUCGCUUGUCUUUCUUCCUAUAGUUUCUCCACUGAAAUUGAGUUCUUCACUUGUUGGGUGUAAUUGCUUCUUCGAAAGGGUUUUUUCGCUAGUCUUUGAAACAAACCUUAUGAUAGCCUGCGAGCAGGUUCGGGGAAAUUUUUUUAGAAAGUUUUUUCCUCGCGAGAUGACGGCUCCGUCGCCAAAAAAAUUUCCCGGAACUCGCAAAUGUGAGCCUUCUCGCAAGCUAAGCUUACGAAUAAAGUUUGCCUUUUCAUUAUUGCCUUUAAAAUAAGAACUUUAGAAGACAAAAUUAAAACAAACUUUUAGUUUGCUGAAGUCAGUAAGUUUUACUAUUGCGAAAUACUCGUUACCCUUUAGGAAGUAGUUUUAUUUCAUGAGAAGUCUGAAGAAUUUGAAUCCCUUCAUGAAAAAGUGCCAAGUCGAACAAUUUACAGUUAUCUAAUCAUCAUCCCUGAAGUAAAGUAAAGACUUGUAUAACACGGUUUACAAUUAAAGACUGAUGAAGACUUUAUUUUAGAAAGUGUGAUCUAAUUUACGAGUAGGAGUAAGACAUUGGUCAGGUUGGUUUUACGAAGCAAACCGAAUCAACCGCGAGAUUUCUGUUGGACACAACAGUCUGUUAUUAACUACAAAUGAUCAUUAAACACAUUUUUGAAAAUAACCUCAGCGUUUCUGCUUCCCGUACAGGUACAUGUCGGUGCACAUUUUUGCCACGCAACUUUUAAAAAUGGUGACUUUGCCGUUUUCAAAAUAUUAUACUGGGUUUGUAGCCUUUUCCGGUAGACUAGCCAUUUCUCAUGCAUGGGUAUGUGGACGUCCACCAAUAUUUACGGAAACGUUACAUUGCUUCUUAAGAUUUCGAAUAAGCGUCUAUUCAUACACUUAAAAUGAUUUUAGCUUAAAGCUAAAGAAAUGAUGGAACGGUUAACUACUAUGCCACGCAAGGAAUAGUGGCCCCUUUCAUUUACUAAGCUAUGGGAGUUUAAUGUUUUUUUUCUUGACGGUUUUAUCAGGUACCAGACGCACUAGGUGUAAACGACCUUACCUUGUCCUCAGGCUCCUUGCCAGUAAUCCAGACCGCGGAUAUCAAGAGAGGUCUGGACAUGUUCUCCCCUUGGCUUCAUCCAGAUCACAAGAAGUCUUUUCUACUUGUCGGGCCUGAGGGUUGUGGCAAAGAGUGAGUUUCAUAGUCAUCCCUGUCACUACCAGCAUCGCGGAGUCACGUGUAGCUUAUUUCUAACGUUUGGGUCUGCACGCAAAAAUUUAAGUGUGACGAUUUGUUAAAGCACUAACUUCAGGUGUUGCAGAUGGGUGCAACGUAAUACAAAAGAUUGAAAAGUACCAAACAAUACCCAAACCACAAAUGAAUAGUUUCCACAACACUAAGAAAAACCCUGACUUCAUGAUUAUCAUUCCUUAGAUAUUUCUCGUGUGACUGCGUGUUGCAUGUUUCUAAACUGGUAUCGUACAUCACGCGAUGAAACCUUAAAAUGGAACAGGUUCCGUUCCGUUUGAAUUUGGUGUAUUUAAUCGGUUUAAAUUUUUUCCCUAAUAUACGCAAAUCAAGUCUUUUAAUGUUGGUGCAUUAUUACGGUAGGCUUUUAUUGAGGCACUGUUUUGAGCAGCUUCGCUCGACCCAGGUAGCUGUGGUACACUGUAGUGCCCAGACCACGCCCAUGCACGUUCUUCAGAAGCUCCAGCAGUCCUGCAUGGUAAUCAGUUCAAACACUGGACGAGUGUACCGACCAAAGGAUUGCGAGAGACUGGUGUUGUAUUUGAAAGACCUUAACCUACCAAAACCUGACAAGUGGGGGACCAGUCAACUGAUCGCCUUUCUGCAACAGGUAUUUCUAAUAGAUAACCUAGUGUUAAGAUAGCGGGGGAUCAAGGGUACUCUUCCUAAUUUGCAUGCAAACGCAAAUUAAAACGGAAUCUGGCGAUGAUUUGAUGAUUAGAUUUGAUUACAAACAGCUGCUGCAACCGGUACGUAACAUCAAUAUUCCCUUGCGUAGCACUCAGCAUGCGCAUUGGAAAUAUUGGAUAUUAGUAUCACUGAUAUGCAUAAGCCUGUCCUCCUUCCUUGCCGGCAUCGCGAUUGAUAAGACGCGAGAGAACAACCUAGGACAAUUUGUCACAUAAACCUAGUUUUACCUGGACUAGUAACUAGAAGAGUGUGAGUACUCGAAUUUUUGUUUGAUUUACUUGUGUCACUGACUGAUGUAGUCUGCUACACAGCCGUUUUUAGUGUCGUCACGCAACGCUCCUCCCCACAAAACGGCUGAGUAGCAGACUAUGACUGAUGUAAUCUGCUUUGUUCUGGCAAUCUGGGGCUGAUAACACACAGUAGCAGUUUCAUUAAUUGACUUGAUGUAGUAGGUUAGACUUUCGUUUACCUUCAUAACAGUUACACUUUUUUAGUAAUCAGCGUGAAGAGAAAGCCGUUGUGUAAAAUAUGUUCGUUGAAAUGUUUCAUAAGUGUGAGUCAGAUUGAAAGCCUAUUGCUGACCUACAGCUGUAGGCCUGUCCCAAAAUAUAAUCAAAUGAUCCGGUCAGAGCUCAAAGAAAAUGCUACACGUUAUCAGCUUCAACGGCGUGGAUUGGUUCUGGGCCACCUCUUGAUUCGAUGGGAAAAUCUCACGAACCACUCUUACCAGGUAGAAAUGUUUUGAAGACCACUCUGAUAGCGUCUGUUGUGAUUGUUUCUCUAGGUGUUGACCUACAAGGGGUUCUAUGAUUCUAACCUUGAGUGGGUCGGUCUGGAAGGAGUACAGAUUGUCGCUUCCAUGAGUGCUGGUACCGGGAUGGGCAGACAUCAACUUACUACAAGAUUCACAUCCAUUGUUGGCGUUUGCUCCAUAAGGUAGGCUUGAGUUAAUGUUAGAGAUGAGUUAAACCAUUAGCACAGUGUCUGUGUUAAAUUAGUAAUAAACAGCUGUUAAAAGUCGUAUUGACAAUGUUUGGUUACUUGGGAAUGGGGAAGAUAACGUACGAAAUCUUAAACCAGUUGUAUACCUCUUCUACGUCAGUCGUAGCUUAAUUCUGGGCUACAGCUCAGUGAAACUCUUUAUCCUAUUGCCAGAUGCUAGUAAUUUCACUUGACAUUUUAGGUUUUAGGUAACUAGUCUCUUGCCUGGUACAUAGUCAGAGACGUGCACAUUGUCAGAUAAUUAAAAGGUUAAAAGAUUAAAAAUUUAACAUUUUCGACUUCUUGAAGUGUUUCGUUUGAGUUUAUCGAACGUACGUUUAAAUGGUUGGAAACAGACGACUCUAUAAGGAAAGACUGGGGGCCACUAAUCAUGCGCACCAUUAAACGCAUAUUAUUUUAUUAAAGAAAUUGAGACGAACGUUAUUAGGGGGGAUGCAAGUCAGGGGUUUCGAAAACUGGUUUCUGUGGCAACUGUGGGCGAAUGUUUUCAAUUUUUUUUUUACUGAUUUCGUUUGAUGUCAUUGUUUUUUUGUUUCAAUUUGUCGUAGCUAUGCGGAUCGUGAUCAGCUUCAGGCAAUUUACAGUGCCUACCUACAGCCUGUCCUUAGUUCGUCUCUGAAGUCCCAUCCGGUGUGGGGUGCGGUGAAGAAUGUUCACACUCUAGCUGGCUCUAUGGUGGCAGUUUAUGAACAGGUACUUGGUUUUCAAGUACUGAGAGUGUGUUCUUUAGGUUACGCCCCCUUCAUCCUGAUCCAACACCGGCAUUCGUUUGAAAGAGCGCGAAAGUCAUGUUACAUCAUCAUCUACAGGGCUCAAAAUAUCGGACAGCAGGUCGCCGGUCCUGAUGACCGGCCAAAUAUUUUUUAGCCCGGACAAACCCCAAUUUUGGCCGGUCAAGAUACUAUAAUAUAUAUAUAUAUAUAUUUUUUUGCCUAAUGGAAUAUCGAAUUACGCUGGCAAUAGAUCGUUGUAGUGCAUUCACGUUCAGCUUUUUGGCAGCAAGUAGGUGAAAAAUUCAUUCACACGUUCUUGAGUUCCUUUCCGCGGUUUUUGCCCGUUUUCAUGUCCGUUAUACCUUGAGUAUCAUCGUACGGCGGUGUCUGAAAUCCCCAAGGGUCGUCCCAUAUCUGCAUAUCGGUAAAACUUGAUCUUUUUCGUUGCCCGGCACGUGAUCGAAAGUCUCCUCUACAAAGAAGAACAACACUAAAUAUUUUCGGUAAAGAAGUUUAUUUGGGGCAAAUCCGUUCCACAAACAGCGUGUUUAUCAUCAGAAGUCAAUAAAUAUACAGCAGAGCUUUCGUUUGGGUCGUCGCGUAACACUUUAUCGGGAAGGGCUCAUUAACGUCAACAGAAAUUUGCAUAAAGCUCUUUACAAGAAUGAGGGAUAGACAACGUUCGUUCUCGAUUAGCUUAAAUUUUUUUAUCAGACUAUUCUGGAAUCGAGUCUGCAAACGAGAUUCAUGUUCGACACAAAGAAAUUGUUAUAAAAUCGAUGUGCUAAAAGUUAUUCCCGGAGAAACAGCUGCCGGACGACCUGGUAAGAAUCGCGAUCGAUUUGCCUCCGUGCCUAAUGUUCCUCUUUGCCCACACUGUUUCCUCUGUGCCUACUAUUCCUCUGAAUAAUCACUAAUUGAUCUUUUUCAAUUGCUAUGUGUAAUGAUUAACUAUUUCAGCUCUCGGUAUUUGAGGGACAAUCCCCAAAUUCUGUCGAAGUUGAUUUUCACAUUCCUCUUACAAGCAGAUCAUGUGAAACGUUAGAUGUGAAACGUUAGAUGUGUUACAGGACUUAUCUUCCCGAUUUUGAAGAUAUAUGGAAAGUUAAUAAAAGUUCGAUAAAUAUCCGAUCAAUAGGCUUUUAAGGUUCUAGAGUAUUCUAACUGUUUACCUUUAAAAAUGCAACGUAAUGAAUAGGCAAUUUACUAAUAAGCUUUGCAUGCAGAAACAUAAAUAUUAACAGUGUGCUUUUUGAGAAUGGGACAUCUUGUCUCCAAAUUUGACAUCCCUCGGAAGAUAGUUAUCUUUUAAAUGGACAUUUCUACGUUUUUAGUAAUUGACUUAGCUAGAUAGGGUUUUGUGGUGGGCUCUUUUUUGUUGGCAGAUACAUCCUACGCAUUAUUAUAUAUGUAGACAUAUGGUCAACGACCAAAAUGAAUAGAAUGAAGACACAAGAAGUGCAUCCCUGCAACACCUAAAUCCCAGUAGCUUUAGAAUAAAUUUAAGAAAAUUCUGUCCUACAGUCAUAGGAUGCUAUUAUUGGAAUGAUAUUCCUUUAUCUAUACGUGAAAAAACAACUAGAAAAUUGUUUAAAAGAGCACUUUUCAACUAUUAUCUUGCUCAGUAUUAAUCAUCGCCACACCGACUCUCAAAUGUUACAUUUUUUUAUGUGUGUGUGUAUGUGCUUUUCUUUUUUCCUCUCUUUUGAAUAUUUUUCAUAUAUUUUUCAUAGUUUAUAGGGUUUAUACUUUUCUCUUUUUUUCUCUUUUAACCUAAAUAAAACUGUAAUUUAAUCAAAGGGCAAGUAAUUUGUUUAACUAUUUCCUGCCCUCUCCAUUUAUUCUUGUAACCUGAUAUUUAAUUCUACAAAUAGCAUCUUUAAUUCUUCAAUCUUGUAAUACAAUUUAAAUGGCUUGUAAAAUAAAUAAAUGGAGGAAAAAAUAAACAAUAAACGACCAAAAACAAAUAGCGAGCUGCUAAGGAACUGAAGGAAGAAGGGUAAGCAGUUAUAGAUAGAGAAAGAGAGGAACAUCAGGAAGAAUGUAGAACCGCCUUGCGAGUAAGGAAAAUAAACCUUGGAAGUUUAACUGGCUGAUUUUGGUGGAGUUCCUCUCCUUCUCGCCGACCCCAUCAGUAAACGACAUUAAAAAGCAUCGUUUACCAGUGGAGAAGCCUUCUUCAUCAGUAGACACAAAAAUAACCUUUAUCAGAGGUGGACUGAGUUACGUUCAGCAGAGUGCUGAAAAAGAAAGUUUAUCAGAUGGACAAAACUUUUAGCUAUCCUUUAGUUUUCUAACGGAUAACAGAUUAUCGUUAGUGUAUUUUUCCCAAAGACGGUCACACUAUUGACUUUAGCACACGCAGAAAGCACAGUACCACCUGCUGCAUCGUUGCGUCACUCCAGCAGUUCGUUGUUGUUUCGCUUUGUUGCAUUUCAAUUACGACAUGACGACAUGACAUUUAUUGCGGCGUCCUUUUUUUCUUUACAGCCUUUAAUGCGAAGCAGCAAAGAAAAAAAAGCCGAAGAGAAAAGAAGUCACUACAGCGUUAUAGACUGAGCAAAACGCAUUAAGCGACAACUUAUGGAAAAUAUUAUAAAAUGCUCGUAUCCAAAGAUGACCGGUCAAAAUGACCGGCCAGACUAGAGUUUGACCGGUCAAGUCCACGAUCAGGCCGGACAUUGUCCGUUGACCGGCCGUUAUUUUGAGCCCUGAUCUAACGCUAUCCAACACUGUCCAGCAGUAACGUGUUUAUCUCUUUUUGCACCAAGAGUGAUUUGCAUCAAAUUUCUCCUUACAAUGUCAAUACUUAAUUCCGAAACACAAGGUGUAGAGAAUUAAGGACAUGAUCACAUAAGAUAGAUGUAAUUGAUACUAUCCAGUACUUUUACAGAAAUUGUAUGGGGGCAACAACGAGAAUUUAAAUUUUGAUAUUACUUUUUAAAGAGUCCAAGAGAUACGACAUGUUGUAUCCAAAAAUUUAUUAUGGAUGGAGUUGGACCAAAUUGUUGGCAACUGGCAACUUAGACUCGCUUAAAAUCGCGUCAAUUUUCAUUAGGGACCUUACGAUACCCUGGACGCGGCGGUAAAGGGAACGGAGAAAGCCUGGAGCCAGGACGCCGCCACCUUCGCGGGAAAAACAAAUUAAGAUUGAGCAGGUUGGGUGAAGCGGCUCGCCUGACGAGAGAGGAUAAAGUAAUGCUUUCGAGUUUUAAUUCCAUGACGUCUUUUAGAAAAACUCGUGAAGUCUUGCUUGAUUGAUGCCUUAACGAUCUUUUAUUGGAAGAAAAAUUUGUGCUGCCGGCUAUGACUCCAGUUUCUCUCUAAAAAAAAACCAAAUUUCUUCGAGGGAAACUUGAGGGUAUGAUCGGAGUUCAGGUUAUCAGCUAUUUGUUGCCAGACGUUUUCGCUUUCCGUUGUUCUAGAUCUUGCUUUAAAACGAUAUGGUUCUGUUACGAGAACUUCCCGUACUAAGGCGAGAUUUUGAUCUUCAGACCGCUCCAUCGCUGAACUGAAAGUGAACAAAAUAAAAUUAUAAAAGUUAAUAAAUUAACCAUGGCGUCUUGUUCAAGAUCUCAAUUUUCUCCGACAUGUUCAAGUUUAUUACAAGCCUAGAUUUUUGUUUUCCAACAAUUUUUACAAAAUGCAUUCGACUUCCCGUCUCUUAGAUUUUUCAAAUACUAUCCUAAAGCGAGAACGUUGUCCCCUUAAAAACAAGCAGUUAUAGUGUUACAUUUGUGUUGAAAGACUCAGCGCUUUCAUUCUCAGUUGUCGCCAAAACACUGAACCCAAAAGGCUUGAUAGCAUAAAAAUAAGAGUCAAUCUUGAGAGAACGCCACACUAAAAACACUUAAAUGUGUCUCUUGAAGUAAAAUGGAUCGAAAAUCCUGUACGGAAAGGAAUUUCUGCACUGAAAACAAGAAAACCAACUCACCGUUUUACGAGGCGGCCAAACUUCUAGUUUUCACCGUCGCGACUUCAGGUCGACGCUGUGGCAUUAUGCUAAUUAGUUCCAAGAAUUGAACAUUUCACUUCCGGUUGACGUCCUCCUCGGCCGCGUCCAGAGUAUCUUAAGGUCCCUAUUGUAGACCAUGGGGACGGCUAAAAGGAAAAGUUAAGAUUCUAUUCGUAUUUGUCAUGAUCCUUCGUGAUACUAUAAAACUUGCAACAAAUUUCGUACAUCUACUACAAAACAAGAAACAAUGACACAAACAGAUUGGGCGGGAUGCCUAUGCAAAAACAAAUGACACAAAAGAGUGAGAAGUUUUAAAUGUUGUUUCUCAGGUGCGCGCCAAGUUCACCGUAGACGACUACUCCCACUACCUUUUUACCCCACGUGACCUAACAAACUGGAUCUUAGGCCUUUUACGGUACAACCUGGACUCAGGAUCUGGAGACAGCUCCACUCAGCAUUUGCUAGAAAUCUGGGCAUACGAGGCGAGAAGACUUUUCAGGGAUAGACUUGUUGGAAAACAGGGUUUAGACAAAUUUGACAGGUAACGUUCUGUGGGGUAGUAUGAGCCAUAAUACUAUGAUCUGACGCUUAGCUUUUAUCCCUACAAAACAAAAGGGCUUAGUUGUUCGAAGGCCGUUAAGCGCUGACCCAGGGUUAAUUCUAAAUCUGGAUUUCCUUUUCUUUAGUCAAAAGUAUUUUCUCUAAUAAUUUUGUCUAUUCUAUUUAGAGCAUCCUCUAAUCAUAUUGUAGACAAAAAGAAUUAAGAGGGAAUCCGUCAGGAAAUUGAGUAAUUUUAAUUUUCAGUGGACAAAAACCUUGUACCAGAAUAUUAAAAGCCAUAUCGCGUUCUUUUUUACACUUUUCAAGGGAUAUAAAUCAAUGUACUAAGUUAUAUGAAAUAACUCGAGAGAAAAGGUUCUUGUGGGAGCCGGAGAAAAUAAAUUUCAAAUUUCACCGGAAAUGAGAAAACGCGGGUAAAGUCGUCAUGCGUAAGGAUUCAUUUUGUGUAAUUUGAAGCUUUUGGAGUUAUUUUAUAUAACUUAUUACAUUCAUAGCCCUCGACAAGUGUAAAAAAGAAUGCAAUAUGAUUGAAAUUAUUCUGGUAAAAGGUUUUUGUCCACUGAAAAUUGAAAUUACUCAAUUUCCUAAUGGAUUCCAUGUUAAACUAAAUUUGCGUUUUAAGCUUUCAUAUGUAAAUUUAAAUUUCGCUCUUACCCUGGGUUACCUUAACCCAGCUUUGAACAACCCGGCCCAGAAUGUCUCUCCUUGCAAUUUUUACGUUUUUAGUAUUUACAUUAUGACAUGUAACACUCGUUUUGUAUUCCAAACGAAAAAGUAGUAUAACAGCACCGGCGCCUUUGACAACAAAGCUUACCUCCAAGCAAGCGAGACUCACGCUACAAAGGGCGUUCUUGUUGAACUAAGGCGAUCAGUGACAGUAGGGUUGACGUCAAAAAACCUUAAAACUAUAAAAGCAGAGACUUUUGAGCUUGGCAGUGACCUGUCAUGUUUCUUUUUCAGCAUCCUUGCCUCCCAACUUCGCGCUGAUUGGUCAGUGACUUUGGAUCGCCUUGACAACAAGUAUUACGUCACUUGGGGCAGUAGCCUCACUGCCAGUGCUACGCCCGCGGGUUCUUCUGGGAAGGACGGUGAGGCCGCUGUACCCAUAGUAUCUGGAGGAUCCCUUCCUCCCCAAGGUAAAAUGCUGGGUAAACUGGAUCAGAAAGACUUCAAGCAAGUGAUCGCCAAGGGAAUGAAAACUUACGGUAUGUUCCAGGUCUUCUUAACAAACGAACUGUUUGAUACAGCAAGAUUAGCUCUCACUCGUGCUCUAAGUGGCCAAAUGUGCGAGCAGGCUCUAGUGUUGUUGUAUCGUGAGAUUUCGCGUUGGCCUGUCGCCCGAGGGCUUGGUCCCCUUUCUUGCUGAAUAACUUGAAGGGGUUUUGUCACGGAGAUGUUGUAGGGUUCUGUUUGAAACUGAACGUACGGAUUACAGCAAAAGUUGAAGUUUUGAAAGUAUAACAGACAUACUGCGGCUUUUAUCGAUUGUUCAAAGAAAUGGGGAGGAGGGCUAACAUUAUUCUUUUGCGUUGUAGUAAUCGUUCUUAAGCGAUUAAAAGAGGAUAAAGAGAAUUUUUUCUCAUUUGUAGCAAAAUUGAUACAGGCCCAAUGGCUCCACCUUCUUUUGACUACGGUUUUUCUAAGUUUGUCUCUAGCUCGUGUAUCGUGUAUCGUGUAUUUUGCAGCUCGUGAAAACCGUGAAUUGGACAUCCUUCUCUUCAGAGAAGUAUUUGACAAUGUAGCUCGUGUUGACCGUGUGCUCACCAAACCCGGCGGCUCGCUCCUAAUGGCUGGUCGCAGUGGUGUGGGACGGAGGACAGCGGCUGCACUAGUCGCACACAUGCACAACAUUCAAGUGUUUACACCUAAGGUGUCAAGAGGCUAUGGAUUGAAGCAGUUUAGGACUGAUCUCAAGACGGUGAGUUCUCGUCAAAACAUACUUUAACCCUUAAGAUCUGAUCAGUAAUUCUCCUUUCUGACUGCUAUACAAUUUCUUGAACGUCUAUUAAGAGAAUUUUGGGUUUAUAUCAUCAUAACGUCUUCUGGCUGAUAAAAUUGCCUUUUCUUACCACCUCUCUGUUGGACAACGUAUUGGUUAUUAUAAGGAGAAGAUACUUGCCAAUCACUUGUGGGAUUUAAGGGGUUAAAACCGACAGACUGUUAUUGGCAUUGAUGCCUCGUCGUCAUUGUUUCGCCUGUUUGGCUCCUGGGUUUCCGAGGGUGGCAUACACGCUUCAUUUUCAACACUUGCCUUCCAGGAAAUUGCGCUGACAGGAACACCACCAAAACCAUUUCAGGUCCACGAUCAACCCCUUUGCAGCAGCUUUGCAUUAUAACAUAUCGUUCGGUAUUUUACAAGAUGUAGUGUCCGAUUUUUCUUGGGUAUUAAGGCAGAAUCCAUCGGGAAAGUGAGUAAUUUUUAUUUUCAGUGGACCAAAACCUUGUACCAGAAUAAUUUAAACAAAUCGCAUUUUUUUUUACAAUUUUCAAGGGAUAUACAAGUAAUUAGUUAUCUGUAAUAACACCAAAGAAAAUUACUCAUGAGAGCCCGAGAAAAUAAAUGUCAAAUUUCAGAAAAUGACAUCUUACACAUGAAAUUUUCAGAAUUUUACCUGUGUUUUCACAAUUCUUGUGAAAUUUGACAUUUAUUUUCUCGGGCUCCCAUGAGAAAUAGUCUUUGGUGUUAUUACAGAUAACUAAUUACAUCUAUAGCCCUUGAAAAAUGUAGAAAAGAAUGCGAUAUUGUUUAAAUUAUUCUGGUACAAUGUUUUUGUUCACUGAAAAUUAAAAUUAGUCGAUCUCCUGGUGGAUUCCGUCUUAAUUUCUGCAUCCUGGUGAGUUAAACCUUUAGGUCCCAAGAGUGACCAACAUCAAUUUUCUCCUAAUUAUAUGAAUACCUUAUCAAAUGAAAGGUUUAGGAGAAUUAACAAAAUGAUCAACAAAGGAGAAAUGCUUUGAUCUUUUAUAAUCAACUAAUUUUAUAAGACAAUGUAUGGACACUAGUAUGGAGAAUUUGUACUUGGAUAUUGCAGCUUAAAGAGUUGAAAGGUAAUUUAGCAUCUGCUGUACCGUCCUACAGGUUAUGCAGUUGUCCGGUAUUGAAGGAGAACAAGUAGUCCUUAUCUUAGAAGAUCACCAGGUGGAUGGAAGUUUCUUGGAACUCAUCAACAGCCUGUUGAGUGCAGGAGAGGUUCCAGGAUUAUACACUCCUGAGGAGUUAGAGCCCUUGUUGGGUCCGCUGAGGGAUCUUGCUUCUCAAGAUGGAUUCCGGGGCACGCUGGUCUCGUAUUUCGCGUCGCGAGUGAAGAGGAACCUACACAUUGUACUGAUCAUGGACUCAUCCUCCAAGACAUUUACAGGCAACUGCGAGUCUAAUCCUGCUUUUUACAAGAGCUGUUCAUUCCAGUGGAUGGAGGGAUGGAGCAGAGAAAGUAUGGCGCAAAGUAAGUGGGUUUGAUCUGAGGUAAAAGAGUGAGGAACGUCGCUUUUUGUCUCUUUUUUUGGCGAGCCCUGAGCUCCUGCGGAAAUAGGAGAUACCUACAAACAAACAAACAAAACAAAAAGGAUAACAGCAACAGCAACAAAAACAAAAGCUUAGUGUGCUUCGUUUUCAACAAAGACGCUGAGUACGCGAGAAAUCGGAUGUGGAGUUGAAUAGAGUUGAACGAAAAAGUAUUUUUAAAGCAUUUUAGUACCUAAUCAUUUUAUGAUGUCCUAACCGAGUUUAGAAGGUUAUUAGCGUAACUUCCCCCAGUUUGCUCAAUUAAAAGAGCAGCGGUGUGCUGCGGGGGGUCCAACCCCCGCUGGUUUAAAAUUGUAAACUGUUAAGGUCAUGCUCAUUUAGUUCCAGCAAACCAAUUAAUUGCUUUUAACCACGGCGAGUUUGAACUUAAAGUCAUUCAGCGAGCAACGAGUGUGAUCUAAGUAGGCUGUCAAGUAGAUCAAGCUUUGAGAAUGCAUGUAUGUUCAGUGACUCCUAUUUUCAAAGGUGGUACACAAAAGUAGCCGUGGUCGGCGCGAAACUAAAAAUUUUUUGUGUUGUGAGUUUAAAUAGUGAAAGUGAAAAAAAAAGGUACACGCAGUAAUUACUGAUUACUUCUAACUUUUUACUUAGUACCUGGAAUGCUUCUUGCUGAUGAAGGUGUGCACAGCGGUGAGGGAACCAAGGGGAAGGAUGGAAAGUCAGGGGCAGAGGAGUUAGUCAAAAACUUCCUUCAAAUUCACGAGUCAUGCAGCGACAAGGAUGCUGCCCCGAGAAGAUACAUGACAUUCUUGAAGACUUAUAAACAGGUGUACAACGAGAAGAAGGAAGGAGUGGUCAAGCGGCAACAGCAUCUGCAGGUAUCAAAAUAGAAAUUAAGAAGACUUCUCGUUUAGUAAAACUUUUACAAGUGUAAUUUUCAAGUGAAUGUCAAUGGGCACUCAAGCAUCAUGGUCCAGUCUGUACAACUUUACCGAGCUCUGAAAGGGCCCGUCUUGUCCACUGUUGGUUGUUUCUGUUUUUGCAAAGCUUGUUUUUUUUGACGUUGUAAAGCGUUGUAAGCCCUUUAGUUAGGUCGUAGCUGUCGCUUUCGGUUUUUAUUUACCCGGAGGUGCUGAACCGCGAGUAGGGAGUUAUUUUGCAGUUGUAUAGAGGAAUAGUCUGGGCUAAGACUGUUUCGCCUCUUGACAAAUUUGAGUUCGCUGCUCGUUCGCUUCCCACCUCCCGAGUUCGUCAUCGGGACUAAAUAGCUAUGAUCAAAGUUUUCAGUAAGUAGAGUUCUCAGUACGCUAGUAGCGAUCGCGAACUGGAGCUAAUGUGUGGCGAGCGUUUGAUGCAGUCCGGCGCAACAAAUUUGACACCUGGAGAAACUAGUCACUACAGGGUAAUUCGAACUUUGAAGUUUCACUUUUCGGCUGUGGGAGUUCCGAGUCCUUGACAAUUCAAAAUUGAAAUUGAAAGUCCAGGCUAUUACAGCAUGCAAAUUUAGAAUGAAUAGAAUCGGAUUCCACCUUAAUUUAAUAAACAGCUUAAUUUUCUUCUCUAAGGCUGGUGUAUCGAAGCUCACUGACGCCAAAGCACUCGUCGAUGAUCUCAAACAAAAAGCAGGAGAGCAAAGUCAACAGUUGGCUGAAAAACAGGCAGAAGCUGAUGCAGCACUGAGGGAAAUAACCGCCAGUAUGCAGGUAAACAACCACUCUUAAUUUACUUCUGUCCAACUAACAAUUUGCCUUUCAAACGUGUUCGAAUACAUGGAAACAUUAGUAAUCUCUCUACUAUUUCUGCCGUUCUCCGUUUAUUGCAAACGUGAUAUUUUAGCAUAUUAUCUUUCCUUUUUUGUUACUUAAGGUGAGUUUUGUGGCCAACAUUUGCCCAGAGCAACCUUUUGGAUCUAUUUAGAUUUCUGGGAAACUGCCCACCUCUCCCUCCCCUAAGCCAUCAUUUUGCCCUAAGUGAGAAGUAAGUGUUAAUAUUUCACCAACGCUUAAACUCCUCGUUCUCUAAUGUUUAUUCGCAAAGCGUGCCAGCGAGUCCAAAAGCGAAAUGGAAACACUAAAACAAAAGCAAGGAGAAGAGUCCCUCAAAUUGGAGAAAAGAAAGAAGGCCAUCGAGAUUGAGUUAUCAGAGAUUGAACCGCUCGUGCAGGAAGCUAAAGAUGCCGUCGGUAACAUCAAACCCGAGACGCUGUCUGAAAUUCGAGCAUUGCGCAUGCCUCCUGAUGUCAUCCGGGACAUCUUGGAGGCUGUACAAAGGCUGAUGGGAAUUUUUGAUACCUCGUGGGUCAGCAUGAAAAGGUGAGCUUUGUAUCACGUGUUUAGAGCUCUCUCCACUUCAUAUAUUUUAACCAAACUGAGAACAAUACGUGAAUAAAAUAAUCUUAGACGAUGUAUAAUUCUGUUGCCAAACACGAAGUGUUCGUCCAUUUAGAUCACCAAGUUCGUUCCAGGUGUAGUUCUGGGACUACGUUUUCUUUGUUGAUAAGACAGGACCCCUCCUAAUGUUCACGAAACGCCUAAAACUGAUCUUUGACCCUUAACUUGAAGCGUAACCGUAGUUAUGGAAAUUGUGAUAAAAAAUAGAAUCGUUUCAAAAUGGUUCAAAAAUGCCUUUUCAAAUCACGUGCCUUUUGUUUUUAAUUGCCUUUUAUUUUUAGAAGAAUAACAGAAGAACUUCAAUCCUGCUCAUCAAAUUUUUUUUUCGGGCUAGUUGAAAUGACUUUCGGGCUAGAAGUAGCUACAGCUUGCCCGAAUAAGGAAAGGUUUCUAAAUCCCUUUUUUAGUAUAAGGUUUUGUUUACAUAAUUGCGAAAACGAAUAAAAUCGUUGCGGCUUUCAAGACAAAACCGUCAGUCGUAUAUUUUAGGACGUUUUGGUUUUAGUGUGUUUACUCUCAGAUUGAGAGCUGGAAUACUGUCGGACGGUGAAGGCGUAACGUCAGUGACCAUUUGGCGCUUGUGUUUUUGCAAAUAGUAUUUUAAACUCUUUUUUAAUUUACACUGUAUUAUCUGUUUAGUUUUCUUGCGAAACGUGGUGUCAAGGAUGAAAUCUGCUCUUUUGAUGCCCGAAAAAUCACUCCUGAAAUCAGAGCUAGUGUGGAAGAACUGCUAGAAAAAAAUGCUAAUUCGUUUGAUCCUAAGGUAAGUUCAUAUCCUAGUUUUUUAGUUGAUUUUUAUACAGAAAAGAACAAAACAUUUCUUCUCUCGCUGACUUGCUUCCCAACUAACUGUCAAGAAAAGUGACUGCUUUCAGUCCACCCACGCAAUGACUGCUCCCACAUUAUUGAUAGUAAUUGUAAGAAAUUCUUUCUUAUCUAGAUUGCCAAGCGAGCAAGUGUAGCUGCCGCUCCGUUGGCUGCUUGGGUUGUAGCUAACGUGAAGUUCUCUGUGGUUCUUGAGAAGAUUGAACCGCUGGAAAACGAGCAGGCUCAACUGGAAAAGUAAGUGCCUUUUGGCAAAUAAAGAAUUGGUGUCUAUUGUUUUUGUUGAAUGAGGGUGAUAGGUGUGUUUACGGUCAAUGAACGUUUAUCGAACAAGUUUUACUUUACAACGUGUUGGGAACUUGGUCCAUGAUUUUGUUGAUUUUUUGUUUGUUUGUUUGUUUUUUUCUUUCUUGUAAUCGCCCAAGCUAUCUCUCGUUUCGCUUGUGCUAUUAAUUCUAUCGUCAAUUAAGAACAGACUCAGUAAUGAUUGAAUCAGGAAGAAAAUAUCCUUUAGUGGUAAAUUUCAAACCAAUGUAUUCAUGUACUCUGUUUGUAUUUUCUAAAAAACGUACUUUUUCUUUUGUCUCAUCUAGGAAUCUUGCCAAGUCCCAGCAGAGGCUUGUGAAAUUAGGGAACGCCUUGGAUAAGGUGGAUAGAGAAGUGGCAGAAAUGAGAAAAAGGUAGUGUCACUGAAGAUAGUUCCGAAAGUUCCCCUUGCAAACGGUCUUCGACCAUUCCACGUUUUGUAAAAGCAUGUAUUAAAUCAAUGCAAAAAACUGGUUUAUAACGUAACGAAGUAUAUUUUAAAGGGUUUUCUUGGUAAAACGCUGCUUAUAGUGAGUUUCAGUUUUCUUUGCCAAAGUAAUCCUAAAGAUUGAAUGAGAAAUGUGCUAAUAUUUUAGUUCCGUUUAAUGAACCCACUGUUCAUGUUUUAUUAAGUAUAAAACACUGAACUGUGUCUCGUGUUUUGAACUUGGUAAAACACUUCUAGUAGUUAUAAAAUACAACCUAUUUUUCAUAUCUAUUCAUAUUCUUUACAUUACUCAUUUCUUACAAGUAGUUGAAUUUCUAAUCCAUGCAUUUGGAAACAUAUAGACCCUUCACGUCUGGCUUCUGAAAAUCGCGUUGUACUUACGUGAAUGUUUUUGUUGAUAGCUACCCAGUUGUCCUUUUCUUUAAUUUCUGCGUUCUUGUUGAUUAGGUUUGAGUUAAGGACCCAGUAGUCCUUUUCUUUAAUUUCUGUUUUCUUGUUGAUUAGGUUUGAGUUAAGAACUCAGGAAGCUACACAGCUGAAAAUGGAGUUAGACAAGGCACAAGAGACCAUCCAAGCAGCUGAGACGCUUGUGUCUAAACUUGAUGGCGAGUUCAAGAGAUGGUCAGGACAGGUAGGGUGCACAAUUACAAUUAAUUCGCGUGUAUAAUAAAUUUCUCUCUCUUGAAAACAGAUUUGCGAAAGCGAAGCCAGACUUCUGAAAUGUCACGUGCUCUGCCAAUCCAUGCAUAUUGCCAUUCAUCAUUUGAAAAAUUUCGAACCAGGCCUAAUAGCCGUGGUACAGUGAGCUCAGUUAUGACCAUCGGUUUAUCAAUAAUUGGAUGCGCGCACUCGAAAAAUCGGUUUGACGUGAGGAGGCAAGGGACGCUUUCCAUUCAACCAAAACUUUCGGAAAUUAGGAAACAGCGGCAAAUGGUACAGAAAUUUCCCACAAAAGUUUCCAGAAAUUCCGAAAGCUGUUGAAUUUCCGAAUGCAAACCAUUGAACCGAAAAUUCUAGAAAUUCCGGAAGUAAAGUUGAAUGGAAAGAAAACUUCCGGGAAAAAAAUUGGGUAUACCUCGCGAGGCUGUCCUCUUUUUCGGAAAUUUUGGAAAAUGCUGUUCCAUUCGCUACUGGAAGUUGCCGAAAAUUCAAACCAGGCGUUUUGGUUGAAUGGAAAGCGCCCAAGAUUGACUAGUUUAGAAAAUUGGGCUGCGGCAACUUUAAAGACUUGACGCGAUUAAAGCAGAGACUUCUUUUCUCCUCCUCACUCAAAAAUCCGGUUUGACGAGCUCAAAAGAUUGGGAUGCUGUGACUUCAAAGGCUUGACGCGAUUAAAGCAGAGCUCCCUUUUCUCUUCCUCACUCAAAAAACCAGUUUGACGAGUCCAGAAGAUUGGGUUGCGGCGACUUCAAAGGCUUGAUGCGAUUAAAGCAGAGCCUUCUUUUCUCCUCCUCACCCAAGAAGACAAGAGGAGGCUCAGCCGGUAGGGUGUCCUACUUUAUGGGCAAAAGUCUUGGGACACUUUUCACAUAGGCCCAACCCCUCCCCUCACCCCACAAAACAAUGUUGGACGGGUGUAUCCAAAAUUUUUUUCGAGUUUCAACUUUGUAUAGGGUGGGGGGGAAGGAGAAUCGCAAGAAAAUUUUGAAAAGGAUGCACUGUUUUAUAAGGGAGCCCAGAAAUGACAGAAAAUUAUGAAUAUUGCAUUACUGUCCCAAGGACUUUUGUUCAUGAUUGUAAUAAGAAUACAGCCACGUUGACUCGGAGUUGCCUCUGCCACUCAGGUCCACGAACUAACCGCUGAAUUAGAACAGUUGCCCAGGCGCGCUCAAGUAGCUGCAGGAUUUAUCACUUACCUAAGUAGUGCCCCAGAAGACGUGAGAAAGGCCACUAUGGCCAAAUGGUGCGAAGCAGCAGGGCUUCAGGGAUUUGACUUCAGAAGGUUCAUGAGCACAGAAAGUGAGCAGCUUGGAUGGAAGGCUGAGGGACUUCCUUCUGACGACUUGUCCAUGGAGAAUGCACUCGUUAUAUUGAAGGUACCUUUGUCCGUUUGUAACUUUAAUGUACAGCUCAAUGUCUCCUAUUUGGAAAUUUCAUCUUCGGUAUCAUGAUUUUUUUCUAAACUGCAACUCAAAAAUCCUUGUACUAAAACAGCGCAUCAGAAACGUACUUUGUACUAAGUACUGGUCGUUUUAGGGACCACAAAUGAUUGUGGGAAAAUUGUAGUGCGUGCAAUAUAGUUAUCCAGUAGUUUAAUAGACCACUUUAGCUUGCUUGUUUUUAAGAUUCUCACAGUGUCGGUCACGUGACAUUCUCAGAAAAAUUCGUCCUUCACCUUUUCACAAACUAGACGUUCAUAUGCCUGUGAAUGAGAAACCCGGUCUGUAGAGUAUUAUCAAACGACCCACAUUGGGAAAACAAAACACACAAGGUAAAGAGGUCUAUUAAACGGCGUUUUGUCGUAUAUUUAUAAAGACUGUGCCCUUUUUAUUUUUGUUAAUUUAUUAUUAUAUUUUUUAUCUUUUCUACUAACUUCUUUGUGUGUGGAUGUCAAAUGGAAGCACUCCUUCUCGUUUUUGAUAUCGUACAUCAAAAUAAAGCCAGUGACAUGCUUUAUACUUAAUAAGACUCGUAUUUAUUAGCUGUCUCCAUAUAUUGUCAUUCUGUCCACCCAAUACCUGUUACCAAAGCAACUGUCGCAAUUGUAUUUGGACAGAGUACUGUGAGACCGUUUUUGGUUGACCCAUCAUCUCGUGCGACCGAAUGGUUGAAAGCUCAUCUGAAGGAUCAGAGGCUUGAAGUCAUCAACCAACAGGUACUCAAAAUUUUGUAUUCUCCCCUUCUGAGGUAGUCUCUGCGCUGGUAAAUAAUAUUUUGAAAAAUGAAAAUGGUAAAUAAAAUCCUUCUAAUUGUAAAUGGAGAAGAAAAUUGUUUGCCAUGUGCUAGAAGACCUUGUAGAGACUAUACGUUGCCUACCAUUUUGUCGUUUGACACCAUUUUUGCCUUCUGGGCGAAUUUGUAAGUCUUCAAAACUAAUAAAGUCCAAGAAAAGUUCAAUUACCUGCUUCCGGAAAAAAUAAAAAUACUACAACCGUUGCCCUUGUAUCAUUCUUCCUUUCAGGACUCUAACUUCUCAACCGCGCUUGAGCUGGCCGUACGGUUUGGAAAGACGCUUGUAAUACAGGAAAUGGACGGUGUGGAACCCGUCUUGUUCCCCAUCCUCCGUGGUGAUUUUAUUAGUCAAGGUGGGGAUCGACAUUUAUUACUUGCGUGGUAAAGUUUCCCUUUGCAGCUUGUUCGGGGUCGUUAACUACCAGCUUUUGUGGUCUGUUUUCCCCAUUGACUGCGUUCGUCUUUCAAUGCCUCUUCAGGUAUAGAUUUGGAUUUAAUAGUUUCGUUUCUUUUGCGCAAGUGCAAUCCUGCAGUUCACAUCUCUGAAUAACAAGAUCUUUUGCAAGUUUCUUCCUGAUUUUUGCGAAUUCUUGGAGUACAUCUUAUUUUUGAUUGUAAGCGUUUUUGUCAGUAAUUUUAUUUUGCUGCAGAAUAGCAAGAGAAACAAUCAGAUACAUGAACCAUCGUCACACGACUAUGUCCACUCGAGUCGGUAAAGUAAAUGCAUGCGAGCUUACACGUCAAAACCUGUCUAUACGAGUAAUCUUUUCAGUAUCCGUUUUGUUUCUUGUCCGCCUUGAAAACUGUCGUUUACAUAAUUCGCUUGGUGGACGGACGCCGUCCUUUUUAAUUUGUUCUACAAAAACAUGUGGACAUGGCCUAAUAUAAAUUAAGGAGUAAGUGGUGGUGCGAAAGCGAAAGCCUUUCACGAUUGCAUUGGUUUUAGUCCGUAAGGCCCGUGUUGUCACCUAAAAGUAAUGUAUUAUUUCUUUGUUUAGGUCCUCGUUACGUCGUGCAGAUUGGUGAAAAGGUGAUCGAUUACAAUGAGGACUUUAAGUAAGUACAAGACCAUCAAAUAGAUAACAGCAAGUUAGACUUUCUUUUUCCGAUGCUAGAGUAUGCAAGUUGAGUUAUAAUAAAGCAAAAAGGAGUGUCGAGAGGAAGGAAAUUAAACGGCUCGUUUCUCUUUUCCUCCAUUUCGCAAUUGUCGCUGCUCGGCGCUCACUUUGUUUGUCAUAUGCGUGAUCUUUUCUCCCGUUUACAAAAAAUAGGAAAAAAAAAACAAACAAACAAACGAACAAUUACGAUCGUGCGCCUUCAAUUUUCAUAUUAUUACACUGCCAUAUUCUCUGUGCAAUAUUCCUAAACCUCCUGGGUUCCUACCGUAGGCCGGUAUAAACAGCUUUAUAGCUAUGGGGACAAAAGUGCAGUACGGUCAAAUCCCGUUAAUACGGACACUAAGAGGGCCAUAAAAAGUGUCCGUAUUAACGGGGUGUCCGUACUAAGUGGGUGUCCUUGAAGUGGGGUUUGACUAUAUACUCUUAUUGGCUCUACUGGUUGUUAAACGACAUUUUGAGAGUUCUAGCUUCCCUUGUAGUUACAAUGGCUAAGUUAGGUCAAUGCUCCGUUUAAUUAGCUUUCUAGCUCUUCCUUCUUCAGUUCUACAAAUACGUAACAUUGGUAAAAUCGCUUCGUCAUAGAUUUUCGCAGCCACAGACGCAGGCAGUCAGGAAUAGUAAUAAGCAGUGUAAGAAUCGUCUUGUAAUCGCGCGUUUUUUCCUUUCUCUAUUUAGGUUGUUUAUGACCACUAGAAAUCCCCACCCUGAGCUGCCACCAGACGGGUUUGCUAUCAUCUCUGAGGUUAAUUUCACCACCACACGCGCUGGACUUACAGGACAGGUAAGACAAGUUUAAUUUUCGCGCUUAACACUUUAAAGUCCCGGAUGACUGGGCGCGAUGAAUGUAAGCUCUGUGGAUGGUUUUAAUUUUAAUCGCGAUUCACACAGUUAAAGUCCCAAAUGAUGUCGCCUCAUUCAGGGCGCGAUGAAUGAUUAGUCCAAAAAAGAUGCUUUCUAGAAAUAUGAUGUGUUGGAUAGUUGGGACAGGCUUUAUCAAUGUUUUAAGUCACUCACCUAAAAGAUUCAGGCUUGUUCAAGCAUUACGAUUGACAACUAUUGUCCUUUAAGAAGGACGGUGACCAGUGACUGUGUCCGUCUCAGUUAGAUCUUCAUUUACGAGACACGAGCUACUAGACUGACUUUAUAAUAAGAGAAUCUCUUUACUAGAAGUGAUCAUUCUAACUAUAUCAAUUUCCUAUUAAAGCUAUUGGGAAUAACUAUUCAACACGAAAAGCCACAGCUUGAAGUACAGAAAACUGAACUGCUAAGGAAAGAAGAGGAACUAAAAGUGCAGUUAGCCGAGCUGGAGGAAUCACUCUUAGAGGUAACAUUCAUCUAUUACACCCCACUAUCGACUAAGGCCCUGUCCACGCUCAUGCGUUUUCGUUGUCAUCGAAAAGGAAUGGAUCGAUUCGCCGUCCACACUACCGUUUUGAUGCGUUUUCGACUGUCCGCACUAAAACGUUCAAAAACAACAGAAUUACACGUUGUGACAUAAGUUGGACUCUAUGCGCAUGCUACAAACACACGCGCCUGCGAUAUUCUCGAUCAUCGGUUUUACUUCAAUGCUUUUUCGACCGUCUUCGACCGUCAUCACUAAUACGAUAUGUAUGCGUUUUCGUUUUGAUCAUCUUUCAAGAGCGUUUUCAAAUCGAUGCGAUGCGUUUUCGAUGAAAACGCUCAGCGUAUUAGUGAGAACGAAAGGCUUAAACGCAUCGAAAUGAAUGCGUUUUCAAACGAAAACGCAUCAGUGGACGGGGCCUAAGUUAAGUGCUUGCAGUUCCGCUUAUCAGGCUUUUUUUCUUUCUGCCAAUGUGGUCCCUUAGUUUACCAUCAUUGUAAUUCGAACACUUAAUCCCCUGUUUUGGUUUGAGGCAAAUUGUAGUCCAACGAAUCCACGCCCUUUUAUAGAGGUGUCCUUGUCUUUACCUGCUCUGUUCCAAACGCCAUAUAUGUAGUCGUCAAAUUUUUCCUCUUUUGCCAAAUUUUGUGACAGACGUUGGCCAGUGCCGAAGGAAACAUAUUGGAAAAUAAAGUAUUGUUGGAAUCUCUAAACAAGACCAAAGCGAGCAGUUUGACUAUCGCCGAGUCGCUUCAGGAUGCGCAUCGAAUACAAACCACUCUGGACCAGGUGAGUACAAUAAGUUGUUAAGCAUAUAAUCUCCCUAUCGCCCCCAUCUCCUUGACCUGAACUUAUGUUGAGAUGACCUAGGCAAUACAGACGCUCUGGUCCGUAUGAUCCGGGCAAUUAGAUCUAUGCUAGGCUUAAUCAAUUAAUUGAAAACACAGGUAACAGGUAACACAGGUCUCAAAUUUCACUCGCCUAACGGCUCGUGAAAUUACGUUUAACAAUUUCGAAAUAUCACUUAUGGUAUUUAUACCAAAUAUCACUACAAAUCAUGCUAUUACCUAUACUAAGAUGCCAUUUUUUGAAAUUUGACAUUUAUUUUCUCGGGCUCUCAUAAGAAAUAGUCUUUGGUGUUAUUUGAAUAAUCAUAUCUAUAGCCCUUGAAAAAUGUGGAAAAAAUGCGAUAUUGUUUAAAUUAUUCUGGUACAAGGUUUUUGUUCACUCAAAAUUGAAAUUACUAAAUUUCCUGAUGUAUUCCGUCUUAAUGGUUGUUAAGCGGUUAAUGUAAUCUGUUGAUAUAAUAGGAGCGUGAUGCCUACCUUCCACUGGCUGAGAGUGGAAGUACAUUGUUCUUCGUGAUUAGUGACCUUGCCAAAUUGAACAACAUGUAUCGUUUUAGUCUGAGUGCUUUCCUCAGGCUGUUCCAACGCUCUCUGGAAGCAAAACAGGUAUGAUAUAGCCAAGAGUGUUUAUCUCAUUAACCAGUGUUUGUGCUGUUUAAUGGAAGGGUUGUAAUUCCAUUUCUCAAAACGUCAGAGACGGCUGUGCUGGGGGUGGACUGGGGGCUAGUCCUUCCCCCCUUUUUCCAACGAAAUGAAGAUUUAGGAAGAGGAGAGUCUCCUAUGCCUGCCCUCUUCAAGUCAAUAGUCAGCCUCCCCUUCACCAACCCCUCCCUCAACUUAGAAAAAUGUUCCACCGUCCCUGAACCCACCGAUCAAUCCAGUUUUAUCAUCAGAUUACUAAUUUGUCUUUCUUUUCUAGUGACGCAAAAUGGAUAAAGCAAAAGAUCAAAAUAAAUUCUUUUUACUUUAUCAGUGUAAUAAUCACUCAAAAUGUUGGGAGAACACUUGAAAAAUCAGUUGCUUUUUUUUCCAGCCAAUUCAAGUAUCCAAGUGUUACGAGAGUGUUAUGUUAUCAUAAAGAAUAGAUGUUUGACCAAUUAGAACUCGCGUUGAAUAUCAAUUAGCUUACAAAUGUCGAUACCUCGGUCAUUUUGCGUUAUUUCCUCAGGAAUCAAGUGGCACAGAGCAAAGAAUUAAGUCACUGAAAAGCUCACUGCAGUCACUGGUUUACGAAUAUGUGUGCAGAUCGCUGUUUAAGGUACGACUGGUAUUCUUAUUUUGUCUUUUUCGUUGUUGUUGUGUUACACAUGCACCUUGGUCGAACUGCAACUUUCCUCGCUUCGUUUUUAAAUUUUUAGGCUGACAGAUUGAUGUUUGCAAUACACCUUGUCCACGGCAUGCAUCCGGAAAUGUUUGAGGCAAAGGUAAUAAUCUUUGCUGUGUGUUUUUGUUUUCUUGUUGUUGUUGUUGUUGUUGUUUUGAUUUUUUUGAGGCAUUUUGUAUUUCAUUUAUGUUUUUGUUUGCUCAUAUUUGCAUGGUGCAGCUUAAUCGUGCGUUGCCAUUAACGCUCAAUGCAGUGGAUUAGGCUAUUCCCGUCUCACAAAACACUCAAAAGACUUUUAAGGCUUACCUCAAAACCUUACUUGUGAAAAUUAAUUUCAUUUGUAUGAGAAUUCAAAAUCAUUUUUAUAUUAAUGGAUUUGAACUUAGCCUCGCUUUGGAGGAGAGGCUUGGGGCUACACGAAAACUACGUAUUGUCAUGAAUGAAAUAAACAUCCUUGGCAAGACAAUGUAAAAAAUACUAACUAGAUUUCAAUUCCUUACACAGGAAUGGGAAUAUUUUACAGGUCUCUUGGUUUCAGAGAGUGUUUUCAAAAGACAGGUUAGUCCAUUAAGGCAGCUCUUUCAUAUUCAGAAAACGGUAGUAACAUCGAAAAACAAUAGAGACCUUUAGAUUCGAGGACGAGAAUGACGACGAGUGCGAGAUUUGAUUUAAAAUUUUUUUUCGCGUGUUGACGCUGGUUCACGCGCGAGUAACACUUACUAUUGAGACAAUCUCGUACUCGUAGUCGUUCUCGUCUUAGAAUCUAAAGGUCUCUAUUGAUCUCGAUAGAGCACAAACUAAAGUGGCCAAGCGGUCGAGUUUAGGAGUAAAGGAUAACUGUAGCGUAAACCAUUAGCGAUGCAUAAAGCAAUGGCGAUGUGAUGUAUUGGUGCAUUUUUGUACCAACUGAACAACCAGCAAUACCCUAAUAUAAACAGAGUUUCUAAAGAUUGCCAAAACGCGCAAUGGAAAAUUGAAAGCCAUCCGCUCUAUAACAGUCUACUGCUUCUUUUUGUCAGGAAUCGAUGAAAAAUCUUCGCGAAAGCCUUCCAUCGUGGAUUGAUUCUGAUCGCGCCGCUGCUGUGGGAUCUCUAAAGGUUUGUUUCAUUGAAUAAUACUACCAAUGAAGAGAAUUUUAAAGUCGUUUACCAAACGGGCCAGAAGCGUCUCGUGGUGCGUUCGGAUGUUUUAGAAUGCUUUCCUCUUUGGAGCACUGACCUAGCAAAUGAAUUGAGAGAAACCCUACAACUACAACUCCUUUUGUACUGGGGCCACGAUGCUCAAACAAAGCAUUUUCAUUGGUUUUUACACUAGCGCUUGGUUCAUACUUUAGGUUAUUCGUUUUGUUGUUGUUGUUGUUGUCGUAUUGCUUAUUUUGUUGUUUCUUUAUCUAAUUAAACAUCUCGUCCGGGGAGCUUUGAGGCAACUCCUCCUGUACGGUAAGGUUGGGGGAGAGAGUCCUUGAAGAAGACGGAAUAAAGUGACCACAGAAAACCUCCUGCCGAAGAAAACAACAGCAGUCUUUCACCUUUUCAGUAGUUCACUUCAGUGUUACUUAUUUUUCUAAAUUGUCUCUCUCUCUCUCUUUUUAGAACACUUUUGCAAACUUGUACAAGAAUCUUCAGCUGGACAGCACUGAUUUGUGGAUGCCGUUCCAGCGCAGUUCACAGUGUGAACAGGACAUACCAUCGUCAAUAGCUAAGAAGAUCAGCCUCUUUCAACAGGUAUGUUCACGUUUUUAUUGGUUUUGUACACAAGCUUGUUAUUAAACUUAGUUUGGCUGUUUUUGUACGUUAACAGGUGUUAAUUGUUCAGGCCAUGAGACCGGACCGUUUACAGAGUGCCAUGAGCUUGUUUGCUUCAAGAGCGUUAGGUAAGGUUCACUCAAACAAUAAUCAGUUUUUUUUCUGUGUCAUUGUUCGCUCCCGUAUAUAUCAUGCUAACGUGCAUCUAUGCUCGAUUCGGCUGGUCUUUGCAGGUCGAUAUAGACUUUCUAAAAGUCCUUUUUUUUCUGGUUGGUUAUGCCAUUUUAAAGACUUCGUCGCUCGCUC